GUUAAAAUCUGCGACAAAAUGUAUAUAGUUAGAGUCUGUGACAGGGAGACCACAGAAGAGGAAGUAUAUUAAGAGACGUGAAAUUAAAGAGAGGAACUGUCAUAGCAGGAAGUAAGUAGGGCGAAGGAGACACUUUGAGACAUAGUGCAGAAAAAAGACCGUAAGCCUGUCAAAGAAAGAGGUAAUUUACAAUAGGAUUCACAAACCACUGUAAAAGGUAAGAAAAUAAAAUGUAAUCAUUCUUCUAUUCCAUGGUGUUUCGCAGUAUGUUUAAUUAUGUGUGAUUUUAGCCAAGCACAUCAAACAUUUACCUUUCCUAGGUAUCUUUUCAAUAGAUCUCACUUCAGCUCAGGCCUAGUUUGUUGUUUCCAUUACAUUUUUUACUUGCGGUCACGUUUUGCAAAUAUCAGUCAUGGAUAAUUGUAAAGUAUAAUUAGCUGGUGGGCAAGUAAUACUUUUGUUCCAGCAAUAUCUUUGUAACUUUUCUAGAUUCCGAAUCAUUUGGACAGGUCUGUGUCUCAUAGACACCAUCACUUCUUAAAAAAUACUUUGUCUGGUAUCUCCACUUACUUCAUUAUCUUUUUGGCCAAAACGCACACUUGAUCUUAACAAAAUUCCUCCAGUGCAGCUCUCUUACCCUCCAUUCCAUGUUUUACCUCUUUCAAAAUUUGACAGGUCUGUGUCUCAUAGACACCAUCACUUCUUACAAAUGCUUUGUCUAGUAUCUCCACUCACCCCAUUACCUUUCUGGCCAAAACUGACACUUGAUCUUAACAAAAUUCCUCCAGUGCAGCCCUCUUACAUUCUAUGUUUUACCUCUUCCAAAAUUUGCUCUAAACCCUAUCUUUGCUAUUCAUUAUACCAUGUCUAAACCACUGCAUACAAUUCUCCAUAUUCAUCGAUUUUGUCACUCAAAUCUUAUUGUAACGUCACCUUCUGUAACCUGCCUUCUUUGUGCUUCCUCCACCCCCGUUCAGCUUCCUCUAACCACAGAGAUUUCAGACUAAAUAAGGAGAAUUGUUUUUUGAAAUGCAUUGUCCCCUCCUACAUGUGCUUUUGUAUUUGUAUAUUAUUUAUUAACAUGUGUCUGACACAAGACUUUAGCAUGAUUUAUGGAAAUAUAAUCACGUUAUGUCAGGUUUGGCAACAUCAUCUUAAAGACCACGACAGACGGACAGAUGGAAUAGCAUAACGAUAACACACUCCAUGGCUAAAGUGACCUUCAAACCAAUGUAAAAACAAUGAAUGAUUUUCUUUUAUACAGAGAAAUCACAUGAGAAGGAGAAAGCCAGGGACAGCUCUCUAAAAAAAAAGCUUAUACUGCUAACAUUAUUUUUAUCAUUCUCUACAUCGUGAUUUUUAUAAAAUUAAGUUACAGAAUAAAGACAUGGACUUCUACAUUUAAUGUUAUUUUUCACACUUUACAAAUACGCAUUUGCUAACUAACAGUUCUCCUUUAAUUGCUUGAAAAAACUAUGCAGUAAAUUUUGUGACAAUUGAACAUACAUAAUCAUUCUUAAUGUCAUACUAUUGCAAACAGUUUUCCUCAUGCAAGCGAGUAAUCUGUAGCCUGCAAGAUCUCUUUGGCUGUGUUGCUUGUGUGACACUCAGCAAAAUGCUCACACAUACACGGUUGUUCACUAAAGUGAAAAUUCAAGGUGAAUUCAAAGUGAAUUUCAAAUUGAAGAUCAAAAUAGCUGAACUCGACAAAUUGGAUUUAUUUUUCACUUAGGCUGUUUUUUGGUUUGUAAUUACUUUCACAUUUACUUUAUUUUGCUAGCUCUAUCUGUUCGUGUCACUCUGAAAAACCUAGUUCUGGGAUGGAACUUUUUUGUUGAACUGGACAAAUUCAGCUGCUCUGGCUAGGAUCAACCUUCAAACGACCUGGAACUCACGGCUAUCCUGAGCGCUUUCCUGGUGCCAGUACCACCUAGCAGGGUGUUUUUUGGAGGUUGCUAUCGGUCAGGCAUGCCAUACCUCUGGAGCCUCGCUCCGGUUCUGUGAUAGUCCUGAGCUUUGGAAGGGUGCUGAAAAGGAGGCAUGGCUGGGAUGGGGUAGUCUAGCGAAUAUAGCUCCUUCAAGAGGAGGUGGAGGGUUGGAGAGCCAGGUAUAGUUAGGUAAGGGUAAUGGGUGGGGAAACUAAUGUACUCAGACAGGAGAAGUGUCUCCUUCCUUGGGCAGGGGGCUAGCAAUUACGCUCCUCCAGGAGUCUGUGGCUAAAGGAAAGCUUGCCACAGUCCUUUUUAAAACAUACUUUAAUCCGAAACUAUAUAAAAUAUUUUUAAUUCUAUCUACGUUUGGGGGAACCCCUUUCAUAUGACAUAAACUCCUUUUGGACAGGGUGUUAUGGUGACAUGUGAUUGAAUGAGAGAACCUGAUUGGUGGAGCCUCGUCCUGGUCUAGAAGAAGCCAAUGCUUACUAGCACUCCUCUUAAUUUAAAUAUUCAUCAUUCCACUUUUUUCUAUAGGAUAUAAAGUGUUGUGAUACUUUUUCAGUACAAGGAUUAUAAAGGCCAAAUGAGUGUCCAGGGUUGCUGUAUUUCUCAUGCAGAGAGACCUUGCUGGCAUUUUGGAUAUGGUAUAGGUUUGCUCUCUAAUGACACAAGUGAACAAACUGAGCACAAGUGUCCAAAACCUUUUUGAGACUUGAGCACAGAUUAAAGGGAAAGCUACUAAGGCUUAUGAGCUCUUCUAUAGAAAAUAAACAAAAUGAUCCCCUAAACGAGGACGUGUGUUUGUUAAUUAGCACUUUAAAAAGUCCAACAGUGAUUAAAAGCAAUUUUAAAACACGUGUGGGAGUACCCUCCUUCCCACACUCCAAAUCGAUAAGUGAACUAGUGUUAUAAAAGCAUUAAAACAUAUAUAUAUAUUAGUGAAGCGCUUAUAAAAAAAAAAGGGGUGGGGGGGGAGGUGGAUUCUGCCUAAAGAGCGUGAAGGUGCAAUCUACUAUUUCAACAAUUGUCACGGUGUUCUCCGUGUAAGUGGUUCGAAUUACUAUCCCAUAAUAUACCAUCUGUACAAUUAAUGUAUACCCCCACUUAACUUAUAUGUUACUUAACAUAUAAGUUACUUAUAUGCAGGGGUCAAGUCCUGGGGAAAAAAGUGUGGGAACUCACCCAAGAUUCCCACCCCCCCCCUUAAAAAAAAAAAUUACACUCCUAUGCAUAUAGUGCAGUGCAGGGUGUGUAUAAUGAAUGUAGUGUGUUUGUAGUGAGUGCAGAGUAUGAAUAAUAAUUGUAGUGUAUUUGUAGUGAGUGCAUAGUGUGUAUAAUGAAUGCAGUGUGUUUUUAGUGAGUGCAGAGUGUGUAUAAUGAAUGUAGUGUAUUUGUAGUGAAUGCAGUGUGUAUAAUAAAUGUAGUGUAUUUGUAGUGAGUGCAGUGUGUAUAAUAAAUGUAGUGUAUUUGUAGUGAGUGCAGUGUGUAUAGUGAAUGUAGUGUUUUUGUAGUGAGUGCAGAGUGUGUAUAAUGAAUGUAGUGUGUUUGUAGUAAGUGCAAAUUGUGUAUAAUGAAUUUAGUGUGUUUGUAGUGAGUGCAGAGUGUGUACAAUGAAUGCAGUGUAUGUAGUGUGUUUGUAAUGAAUGCAGAGUGUGUAUAGUGAAUGUAGUGUGUAGUGAGUGCAGAAUGUGUAUAAUGAAUGCAGAGGGUGUAUAGUGAAUGCAGAGGGUGUAUAGUGAAUGUAGUGUGUUUGUAGUGAGUGUAUAGUGAAUGUAGAGUGUUUGUAGUGAGUGAAGAGUGUGUGUAUAAUGAAUGCAUGUGCGCUGGAUGAUGUGUGUGAGUGCGCUGGAUGAUGUGUGUGAGUGUGCUGGAUGACGUGUGUGUGAGUGCAGGAUGAUGUGUGUGUGUGUGAGUGCUGGAUGAUGGGUGUGUGUGUGCUGGAUGAUGGGUGUGUGUGUGCUGGAUGAUGGGUGUGUGUGUGCUGGAUGAUGGGUGUGUGAGUGCUGGAUGAUGGGUGUGUGUGUGCUGGAUGAUGGGUGUGUGAGUGCUGGAUGAUGGGUGUGUGAGUGCUGGAUGAUGGGUGUGUGUGUGCUGGAUGAUGGGUGUGUGAGUGCUGGAUGACGGGUGUGUGUGCUGGAUGAUGGGUGUGUGUGUGCUGGAUGAUGGGUGUGUGAGUGCUGGAUGAUGGGUGUGUGUGUGCUGGAUGAUGGGUGUGUGAGUGCUGGAUGAUGGGUGGGUGGGGGGGGAGCAUUUUUUUUUAAACUUUAUGUGUAUGUAUAUUUUUUAUUUUAUUCCCCCCUCCCUGCUUCUUACCUUGUCAGGGAGGGGGGAGAUCGCCUGGUGGUCCGGUGGAGGGAGCCAGCCGCUGCACAGAGGGGCCAUCACACGCAGUGUUCCUUCUCCAGCUCUAACUCUCGCGAGACUCGCCUGUGCGGAGCGUUGCCAUGGUAACAGCCGCGGGUCUCGCGAGAGUUAUAGCUGGAGAGGGAACACAGCGUGUGACGGCCCCUCAGUGCAGGUAGCAGGGCCGGUCCUGCAGGACAGGUAACGGGAACGGCGAUCCUGCUUUGGAAAAAGUGCAGGAACGCCGUUCCCAUGCGUUCCUGCAGGACUCGAGCCCUGCUUAUAUGUAACUUAUAUGUUAAGAGUAAGCAAAUUGCAUGUUUCAUUAUUUUUUAUAAUAUAUGUUUUAAUUUUAAUACUUGUACAACACUAGUUCUGAGCUCUUCUGCCUGUUCUCGUGUUCUCUGUUUUUUCUUGAAUUAUAAAUGUCAUGGCACUGGGCUGUGUGUUUUUUCUGCAGAAAUUUACCAGUGAUCCCUGCUUUUAAGUAAGCUACCAAUGUCCAGUUUUUGUUUUUUUCACUGUGACUAUAUAUAUUCAUUUUCAGAUGUGGAAGGCAGCAGUGGGACACAAAGUGAAAGUGGCGGAAGCUGACGGAGAUGAUUGGGAGACAGAUCCAGACUUUGUGGUAAGUUCUGGGCUGCUUCAAUUUUCUACUAGAAUUUGUAAGGUGAUUUUAUACCUUUAAAUUACUAUUUUAGGUACAGUUAUUCUCCUGGUUGUGGAGAAUAAACUCCAUUAAGAUGAUUGUGGCGAAUAUUACCCUGGGCUGGGAAUCUUGGGUUCCGGGGUUACUGUUUAUAUGCAGGUUGGUCAUGGCAACCACCUGAGAAUGUGGAAUGUGGGAAUAUGUUUGAGUUUGGGAGAGGGGUCAUAGCAACUUCAUGGGGAACACCCUUUCUAUGCUUCCCUGUCGCCUCUUAUGUCUAAGUCACUCUGUGCUUAUUGGAGGCACAGCCUGACUAAGCAGUUGUGAGGACUCCAUGCGGCCAGGAGGGCUCCAUGCACCUGGAGAAACCUGGAAAUGCUAUAGAACUGCCAAGUGUACCAAAACUGUGACAUAACCCACUUAAAAUUUAAGUGAACGUAGCACAGACCCCAUGCAACAGGUUAUGUCGCUAUUUUAACGGAUUGGGCAUUUGGGGACAAGUUAUGUGGGGGUUAUGUGUGGGAGGUUACUACUGUUUUUCUUAUUUUGGGGGUUUUCUUUUCCCAUAUGUUCAGGAAUAAUUAUAUUAAGCACCCGUGUGUCUGGGAGUUAGUUGAGUUAACAGUGCUUGAUCUAAUGAACUCCUAGACAGAGAUGCCUGGGGUAGUUACCAUUGUUUUGAUAAGGACCCCAUGCUAAGGGUCUGUGUAUAAAUAUGUGCAGUUGAACCAAAUAAAGUGUCCCUUCAUCAAGUCUUGGCUGAUGUUUAGGUGAGUUGCUAUGAGCUGUUAUAAUUACUGAAGGUGUCCUGCUGGUGAAGAUGGGAUAUUAGUGUUGAUACUUCAAGCUCCAUUAUAAUGAUGGUGUAGCUGUUUCUGCUUUAUCUUUUCUGUAUUCUCCUGAUUGCACUGCCCAAAUUAAUUGCUAGGGUGCCUUCAGGCCCACUUCCAUGCCCACAUGGAAUUCCUCCCAGGAUAAAAGCUCAAUUGGUGGGAAGGGGUGUUGCCUGACCUUAAAACAUACUACGUGGUCACAAAUCUGUCCAAGGUGGCGUCCACAACCUGUGUUGCUCUGUGGAUGAGCCUAGAAAAUAUAGCCAUAUGCUGUGCUGAGAGGAGGAAUUGGGAGCCACUUAUUCCCAGCAAGAAGGGGCCAAUGCCUUGGAACAGACACAAGGCAUUUCCCAAUGCAUCAAACACUGGGAGUCUUAGUGCAAAUUAAUACUGAGAUGGUACCUCACACCCAAAAGGUUGGCUGACGCGUUUCCAGGCAUGCCAUCAUUAUGCUAGCCCUGCAAUUCUGCAGUUGGUUCCUUAAUGCACAACUUCUGGUCCUGUACAGCUCUGGGAAGGUUAACAGAUACAGUCAAAGCAAUAAUUAAAGCAUGUACGGGCUGUCCCUUCCCAUUGACUCUAAGAUAUUUCUUCCCAACAUGAUGCCAGAUAGAGACUCCAGGCUUUAAAUAGUAUUGACAGCUCAUAUCUUAACAGCAUUCAUGAGAUUAGUUGGACAUUGAAAAAGACAGAACCUCCCCCCCCCCCAACCGACACACUGAUACUAAUAAAACAUAAAAUCAGCUUAAUGCUCAAUCAUGAGAUGUCCCACAUUUAAGGGAACAAGCAAUAAGUUCCAUUAUGGGAAGGGUGGCAUCAACACACUCAAAAAUAAGAGCAGAUUGGGAGGACAGGAUGUAGUGGUCAUUGGUGGAUAUCGGAGAGACACUGGAAAACUGUUGUUGCCAAGUCUGGUGUGGAUUUGAUGUCACCAGGUCUUUUUUGAGCUGGUUGUUAUAAUUUAUACUCUAAUUUCCUUUCUGUAUUCCCAUUUUUAUUUGUCAUAAAAAAUAAAAAAAUAUCAAUAAAAUGUACUUUGGAAAAAACUAAUACCUGCAAAAAAAAAUUUAUAUUUCCAAACAGAUGGUUUCUUAAAUCUUCUUUUCUUCAGUCCCCAAAAAGGACAGAAUAAAAUCCAUAUUAUCACAAGUGUUAAAAAAAAAAAACAAGCUAAAAAAAAAAACAGGAUUAAAAAAAUUCUAUUACAAGCCACAAAUGUGGACAUACUAUGUUGUGCUCCCCCUCCCCCACUUUGUUUAGUUAGUCACACCAUGGGGAGAUAGACACAGGAGAUAGACAUAUUCAUAUUGUAUGAAUGAAUGCCAUGGGUAAAGGUACAAGUGCCAGGUUCACAUAGUAUGUUUAAUGCGAAUGGCAGCAAUAUCUGCCAAGUCAGUAGUCCGCUUGUCGCAUGACUAAGGUCUAAAACCUCCCUUUUAAUAAUGUGGGGUCAUAUUGACCCACAUAGAAUUUAAAUGUAUUUCUCUUUAAUGAUUGACAGUUUUAGUCAUUAAAAAGGCAGAUAAAUGUGCACAUUUAUCUAAGGAUUUUUCUUGAGCAGCUGACCUGUUUAUUGGGUUCAGCUGCUAGACUUUUACCUGGCAUUAAAUCCAGUCAAAAUUAAAUUAUCAAUCAUUUUUGCCUGGGUUUUGCCGAUAGAAUGUGUAGUGGAGCUUAGUACUCUGUCUACAGUUUUCUUGCAGGAAAAAAGUCACGAUUUAGUGUUUAUACCUCUCCUUGCACAGGUGUCAUUCCCCCAAGUAGUGUCCAAAAAGUGCCCAGAUUGGAUGUGCCUAGCCUGAGAAAUCAUCUGUAAUGGUAGACACCGUCACUGGGUGCUGGUGAUGGACACUUUAUGUAAGUCCCCAGAUUGCUCUUGUGUUUUAGCCACCCUGUAUUUAGUCACCCUAUAAUGCCGGGCACACAGGGGAGCCACAAGUUAUUUUCCCGGUGCUAUGAUGAUAGCACAGGGAACUGUGCCUUCCUCUCCCCUGCUGGCUCUGCAGGACCGGAGGGGAGAUCAGAGAUCUCCCUCUCCGUCCCGCUAGCACUUUGCUAACAGCCGUCAGGGGAGGGAGGGAGAGAGGACCCGGGGGAGCUCUAACUUCCAGCUCCACCGGAUUCUCCUCUCGUGAGCUCAUAGUUGCCGUGGUUACCACAGCAACGCUCCAAGUCUCGCGUGAGUGAACUCUAGCAGAUCCUGAGGCUGCUAGAGUUCACUGUCACCACCAGGGAUUGCCAGGCAAAGGUAAGCAGGGAGGAAGGACAUUAAUUAAUUUGCCCUCCUACCCCCACAGACUCCACACCACACAAUAGCUCCCCCAUACACACACACUGCCCCCCCAUACACACACACUGUACCCCUCACACAACCUGCCCCCCCUCACACACACUGUAACCCUCCACACACACACACACACACACACUUUGUACCCCUCAUUCAUAAACUGCCCCCCAUACACACACGCACAAUGUAUCCCCCAUAUGCACUGUACCCCUCACACACACUGCACCCCUUCACACACACACACACACACUGCACCCCUCACACAAACACUACAGCCCAUAUCCCGGCAGACCCCAGGUAAGUUGUCCUGUUCUUAAACAGUUUGACUACUUACCCUGGGAGGGCACUAUAACCACUACAAUGUAAUGUAGUGGUUAUUGUGCCUGGAUUGUUUCUUUAAAUAAUCUACCAGUGCCACUCUCAAGAUUAGGGGCCCAAUAUAUGCCACAGCACUGUACAUAUAUACAAUCUAGAAUUUUUUUUUUUUUAAUUGGGGUGCAUUGGAAAAAUAUUAAAAUAGUAAUGGCGCCUUGAACUUAAAAAGUUUGGGAACCACUGGUAUAAUGUAUUUGUUAGUUAUUGGUUACUGGGGAUACAAAGCAGCCCUGGAAAAAAAAUCUAUGCCAGCCCCAUAAGUCAUUGCGCCAUAUAUUGCCGUAUGUAAUAUGUAAGGCAAUGUCUUGCCACCCCAGAUGGUUGAGUAAUUAUAUUUAUAUAUAUAUAUAUAUACAUAUAUAUAUAUUGCUUUUUCUAACAUAUAAUAUUGGUCCUUUUAGAGUAAAACAUUAAAUUAUACAUUAAGCAUACUCACAUGCAGUGUUUACAAUGCUUCCUAGUGACACCUCUAGUGACAGUCACUCAGACAGUCACUAGAGGUGCUUCCUGUGUCAAUGCUGCACAGUGUGAUUGCACAGUGUGCAGCACCUACUAUCAGGGCCUUUGCAGCCAAUCCUAUGGCAGAGCAUCGGAUUGGCUCAGAUCAUCACGCUUGAUGAUUUCAGCCAUAGAGGCAGGGUCAGUCGAGGGGAGACCAGCACGGCAUGGGGAGAAAAAAAAAAGAUGAGUAAAAACACUUUUUAAAUAAACACAGACACACAGAUGCACCAUGACACAGACACAGACACACACACCAUGACACAAACACAGACACACACACCAUGACACAGACACAAAAUGACACAGACACACACACCAUGACACAUACACACACACAAUGACACACACACCAUGACACAGACACACAAUGACACAGACACACACACCAUGACACAUACACACACCAUGACACAGACACACACACACAUACACUCACACUGACAGAAUUACACAUAUUACCUGUGGGUGACCGGCUGGGUGGGCUAGUGUCCGCAGGGGGAGGUCUGCUGGCGGGCGCUGACUGGGGGAGGUGGCUGUUCUGUCUCUGCUCCCCCGCCCUCACGCGCAGAUUAAUAAGACCGGGGCCAUCAUUAUGACGUCAUAUUCUGGCCCCGGUCUCAUUAAGCUGCGCGCUGAGGAGCAGAGACAGAACAGCCACCUCCCCCAGCAGCCGCCAGCAGACCCAGGUGUCUGCCCGGCCCCAGGUGCCGACGGCCCACCGGGAAAUUUCCCGGUAUCCUGGUGGGCCAGUCUGGCCCUGGCUGCAGUCACACUAAUGUAAAACAGAAUGGAUGUUAAUUAGGUUAUUGUAUGAUUGUGAACCUGUUAUUGUGCCAUGCUUCUUGGUGUCCAGCAGGUAAUUCAAUUAUUGUGACUGAAACUAAUUAUAUCCUGGACACCAAGACUCUGGGCAGGGACUUACAUUGUUUUAAGUGACGACUUCCUGUGGGGAAUGUGCCUAUAAAUACCUGUGUUGUAUUCAAUAAAGUCAGUUCUAAUUCACCCUUCACUAAGUCUUGGCUAGUGUUUGGGUGGAACAACUAUACACUCUGCAAGAGAGCCUAAUCACAUUGGAGCUAUAUCAAAACUGUCCAGGCCCCAGGGAGAGUGCGCAGCUUAGCGGACAGGGGCACAUGUAUGAGUGUGGGAUGGAUGAUGCAUGGCUGGCUGUAUUCUACAUGUAUGAAUGUGGGAUGGAUGGUGCAUGAUUGGCUAUGUGCUACGUCUGGGAGUGUGAGAUGUGAGGAAGUGGGUGGUGAAAAAACAGACUGACCUCAGUGCCACUUAGGAGCUGGGCCAGCAACAAGUUUCCUGGGAUCCUCCUCCUGGGUGCUGUUGCUGGAUCCGUCCACCAGAUGGCGCCUGGAGCUGUGGUGAAUAUGGAUACUGCUGUUCAUGCCAUGGAAUCCUCUUCACAGGUUGCUGCUGCUGCUCUGGUGCUGCCAGCGUGUCCUGGGGCACCGCCAGGUGAGUCACAUGUUCCUGCGCUUGCUGGGGCGUCCACGCUGGGUGGGUUCAUGUUGGGUCUGCGGGAGCUUUUUUCCCAGUGGGAGCGAGGGGCGCUAGUGCAGGGAUCCCAUGGGUUGGAUGGUCAGCUGCGUUCUGUGUGGUCCCCUCCAUUGCCACAGGCGGGUUCAGCUGUGGGAGGGGGCGCGGGUGCAGUUCCUGGCGCGGUGGUUAGCGUUUAUGCCACGGCCACAGGGGGGGUGGUGACGGAGGGGUGCUGGAUAGUACAGCAGGCAUUGCCGACGUGGCUAGGGGGGCAGCAUAUAUGUGCUGGUCAGGUCCCCUUGGCUUGCAUCUAAAGCCUGAGGUCAGGGACAAGAUCUGGAAAGGGGAAUUCGUGGAGAUAUUUUCCCUGUUGCCCUUGGAGGACGCACCUCCUCUGGGGGACAAGGAGGGAAAAGAGUCAGACAAGGGUAGGGAGAAGUUCCGUUACAGGAAGAUUCCGAAAACUUUCGGGAACUGGGUGCGGGCGUUUUCCAUUUUGGCGAGCGUGAUUGGGGAAAAGGCUCCCCAGCACUGCUCAGCGCUCUUUUACUAUCAGGACACCAUUUGGAACGCGUGUCGGACCUAUGGCGGCCUGGGUUGGUGGCGCUAUGACGAACAAUUUCGUCAGCGGCUCGCUGUCCACCCCUCUAUCUCGUGGGAUCAGAUGGACAUUGGCCUGUGGCUGUUCAUCAUGACUCGCCCAGCGGCGCACCAAGGGGGGACAUCCUCCUUUCUUGGGGGAAGGGGCGGUGGGGGGGCGGUGGGGGGGCGGUCCUGCCCCAUCGGCCUCACACAGGCGGCCAGGCUGUUGUUGGAAGUUCAACGACAGCGAGUGCAAGUGGGGAGCAACAUGUUGUUUUAAGCACGAAUGCUCCCAUUGCUGGGGUGCCCACUCGGCAUCCCGCUACUUUAAGUGGGGUAAGUCUGGGGACAAAGGCGACGUGGGGACUAAGGGCGAAGACCGUUAUAGGAACCGCUGGGCCACGGGGUUGCUGCUGGAGGCGUUUACCCAGGGGUUUUGGAUUCCCUUCUCGGAGCGCCCCUCCUCCGGGGCAGUCAGGAACUUGAAGUCGGUGUUUGAUUUUCCUGAUGUGGUCCUCGAAAAGCUCCGGAAGGAGGUUUCACUAGGGUGGAUGGCGGGGCCGUUUGAGGCCCCUCCAUUGUCCAACUUGCGGGUAUCUCCCUUGCGGGUGGUGCCCAAGAACGAGGCGGGGAAAUAAGACUGUGGGGCCGGUAACGGGCCUUAGCUUCCUGGGCAUCGAGAUUGAUUCAGUGGCCUUGGAGUGCCGGCUGCCCCUAGACAAGGUGGAAGGGUUGUGCCGGGACGUGGCGGUAGCACAGGGCUUGCGGAAGAUACAGUUAUGCCAGCUGCAAUCGCUUUUGGGGAAGUUGAACUUCGCAUGCAGGAUCAUGCCCAUGGGGCGGAUUUUUAGCAGGCGCCUAGCGGCCGCGACCGCUGGGGUGGCAAGGCCUCUGCACUACAUUAGACUCACGAGGCAGUUACAGGAUGAUUUGGACGUCUGGGGUACGUUAUUGGCGGAUUAUAAUGGGAGGUCAUAUAGGCAAGCCCAGAAGUGUCCAGUGUGGAUCUCCACCUCUAUACGGACGCGGCGGGUUCCGUAGGCUUUGGGGCGAUUCUGGGGUCGCGCUUGUGCGCUGACACUUGGCCUGGGGACUGGUACGCCUCUGGCCUGACUAAAAAUCUGGCUUUCCUUGAACUUUUCCCCAUUGUGGUGGCUUUGGAGCUCUGAGGUCUGGACUUGCGGGAUCGGCGGGUUGUCUUUCACUGUGACAACCUGGGGGUCGUGCAGGCGAUUAACCAGCUCUCUGCCUCCUCCCCGCUGGUGGUUCGUUUUCCUCCAGCGCCUGGUGCUACGGUGCUUGUGCCUUAACGUGUCUUGUAGGGCGCUGCAUGUUCCGGGGGUUCACAAUGUAAUUGCGGAUGCGCUCUCUCGUUCGCAGUGGUCGGAGUUUCGGGCAGCUGCGCCCCAUGCGGACGAGGAUGGGUGCUGGUGUCCGGUGGAAUUAUGGUCCCUGGGCUCGACGGGCUGAUGGACCUGGUUCGAGGGUCUGUAUCGAGUUCAACUUGGGCCAAAUACUCGAAGGUAUGGGCGGAAUGGCUCGAGUGGGAGACAGGUCUGGGGGUUUUCCAGGAUACGCCCGCUCGAUUGCAGGGUUUCUUGCGGCUAUUGAACACUUGGGUGUCGGCGGGCAUGUCGCCUUCGGCAGUGUCCUCGCGCCUGGCUGGGCUGAGUUUUUUCUUUAAGCUGCAAGGGUGGGGGGACGUGACCAAGGAGUUUGUGGUGAGGCAGGUGGUUAAGGGGCUGCGUAGGGGUCGGGUUACGGUGGAUACCCAGAGGCCGGUGUCGGGGGUGCUCCUGGCGCAGUUGUGCCACGUGCUCCCGCAGGUGUGCUUCUCGGACUUCGAGGUGCGGCUUUUUCGCUUGGCCUUUUCGUUUGCUUUCUUUGGGGCCAUGAGAAUUGGGGAGUUGGUGUGUCCAAGCAGGGUGACCAUUGGGGGAAUCCUCUUCUCAGAUGUCAGGGACGGGCCGGACUGAGUCUCCUUUAAGAUUCGCCGCUCCAAGACGGACGUGUUUGGUAAAGGUAAGUGGGUUCAGCUGGCAGCUGCCCCAGGAUUGGCCACCUGCCCGGUUCUGUCCUUCCGGUGUUUUUGCGCAGUUCGCCCUGCACUGGCUGGCCCCCUGUUAGUGCACGAGGAUGGGAGCUUCCUCUCCCAUUUUCAGUUUGUCAGGGUGUUUCGGCUGGGGUUGGCUGCAUUGGGCGUGGAGGGUGCGGAGUUUGGAGGGCACUCCUUCCGAAUUGGCGCAGCGACGGAGGCUUCUCGGCUGGGGAUGCCGGUUCAGGAGGUACAGCGAAUAGGGAGGUGGGAAUCCAGGAGGUUUGUCUCUUAUGUACGUCCUGCUGGUCUCCUGAGCUAGACUGUUUGUUUUCCUCCCCAGGUCAGGUCCCCUACAAGGUCUGGUUGAUUGGCCACUCCUAUAUCCACUGGGCGAGGCGGAGAGCGGCAGUCCAGCCAGGGGGAGAGCUUUCUCGGUCUCAUGCCAGUAACUGCGGAGGUACGGUGGUUCGGGGUCAGAGGCAUGAGGUGGGUCCGACUCCUCUCUGACUUGGUCAGGCUUUCCCGCUUGCUUGGGGCUCCAUCGGUUUUGAUUAUCCGUCUGGGGGGUAACGAUCUGGGGACCGUGCCUGUGGGGGGCCUGGUUGACAUGAUCAGGAGGGAUUUGUCCCAGAUCUUGAUCUUGUUCCCCGACGUAUCCUUGAUUUGGUCGGAGGUAGUGGCGAGGAAUUUUUGGCAGCAGGCCCACAGCCAGAGUGCGCUGGAGCGCAGCCGCAAGAAGUUUAAUCGGCGGGUUGCGAAGUUUGUAACGGGGGUUGGGGGAAUCUCGAUACGGCACCAGGUUUUUGAAAAAGAUGCGGCACAUUUUUUUUCCGACCAGAUGGGGUGCAUCUGACAGAGGUCGGGCUCGACCUGUUUAACUUGGCACUUCAAGAAGCUUUGGAACAGGCCAUGGGGGGUUUCGGUGGGGGCCCCCGCUGAUUUUAGGCUUAAAACAGCGGUGUUUGUGGCGGGGCAUGUCCUUGCCAAAUGAGGGAUGGUAGAUUAGAUGAAAAGGGGGAUAAUGGCCGGGUCUCAUCCUCCCCCUUUCUCUUAUGGUGAACCUGGAGGAGGUACCAGGUUGGACAUGUCCCCACUGGGUUGUAAGUCGACCAGUGGGGAGCAUUAUGGUUGGGCCCCACCGAGCGGAAGAUCGGCUGGUGGGGAGCCCUGAAAAGGAAGAGGUUUUAUUAUGCCGAGGGGGGGAGGUGAGAGCCUUGGGGAAGUUAGAUUGGCAAGGACGGUUUUCUUGAUUACUGUAUAAAAAGUGUUUAUGUUAAUUUAUUAUGUUAUUUGUUUAAGGAGUUAUACAGUAUUUGGUGAUGUUAAUAAAUGCUGUGGCCUGUUUUUCCCAAGAAGUUGUCUGUCGUUAUUUGAAGGGGUAAGUUAUGGUUCUUAUGAGGGGAAUGCUAUCCGAUGCCAACUACAUACAUACAAGGCCCCAGGGAGAGUGCGCAGCUUAGCGGACAGGGGCACAUGCAUGAGUGUGGGAUGGAUGAUGCAUGGUUGGCUGUAUUUUACAUGUAUGAGUGUGGGAUGGAUGGUGCAUGAUUGGCUAUGUGCUACGUGUGGGAGUGUGAGAUGUGAGGAAGUGGGUGGUGACAAAACAGACUGACCUCAGUGCCACUUAGGAGCCGGGCCAGCAACAAGUUUCCCGCCCACCCUCCCUUUGCUGCUUUGGGCCCGGGUGGUUGUCACAGCGAGGCGGGGCAUGUCCUUGCCAAAUAAGGGAUGGUAGAUUAGAUAAAAAGGGGAAUAAUGGCCGGGUCUCAUCCUCCCCCUGUCUCUUAUGGUGAACCUGGAGGAGGUACCAGGUUGGACGUGUCCCCACUGGGUUGUAAGUCGACCGGUGGGGAGCAUUAUGGUUUUGCCCCACCGAGCGGAAAAUCGUCUGGUGGGGAGCCCUGAAAAGGAAGAGGUUUUAUUAUGCCGAGGGGGGGAGGUGAGAGCCUUGGGGAAGUUAGAUUGGCAAGGACGGUUUUCUUGAUUACUGUAUAAAAAGUGUUUAUGUUAAUUUAUUAUGUUAUUUGUUUAAGGAGUUAUACAGUAUGUGGUGAUGUUAAUAAAUGCUGUGGCCUGUUUUUCCCAAGAAGUUGUCUGUCGUUAUUUGAAGGGGUAAGUUAUGGUUCUUAUGAGGGGAAUGCUAUCCAAUGCCCACUACGUACAUACAAGUGCAGUCACAGCACUAGGCUAUGUAAGUGACAUUUAGAGAUACCCUUGCACAGGCAAAUUGGAUUUUUAACACUAACCUUUGUGGCUUAAAAGAAAGGGAACGCAAUAUGUGACAACAUAGUUCCUACUCUAGUAAUACAGAAAUAUAUGUUGUAAGAGAUAUGGAUACCAGGUGACCACACAAGCCACACAGGUUUUGCAACACAGGAAAUGUAGCAAAUAACAGAGCCCAGCAUGGUAUUAAAUAUGAGAUGCAAUAUGAAGAACAAAUGUUAGGCUGGUUACUGGCAAUCCAAUCUCAGGCUGGCUACUGGCAAUCCAAUCUCAGGCUGGCUACUGGCAAUCUCAGGCUGGCUGCUUGCACUCUCAGGUUGGCUACUGGCAAUCUCAAGCUGGGGGCUGGCAAGUCCUUCAGGUCAAUUUGCAUAUAUUUUUUUUCCAACAGCACUGCUGAUGAUCUUUCCUGCUGGUUGUUCAACAUGCAAGAUAUCCCUACAUGCAACAUUGCCACAUACUGCUGGCCUAGAUGGCAGCACCAAUCUUUAAUUUAGGCAGGACUUUAGCAUGGCUGUCACACAGACUCCUUUUUUGUGGGUACAAAUGUUUUGUAACUAAGGAUUCUUGGUAUACAAAUGAUGUAUUUGUUGUAUUUGUAAUCCCUUCUGAACAGAAAGUUUCCUGUUCCUGAUUUAAGCUCACUUACCACCUACAUUGGCAAACUUAAAGCAGAAGUAAAUCUAUUAUCUCACUUUUCGGAAAACGUCUAAAUAUUUCUAUACUCUGAGAUGUUGAUUUUACAUGUCUGUAUUACUAUUUGUUCUACAUAUAUUGAAGUAAAAACAGUUGUCGACUGUCCACUGGAAUUUGAGGGUAUUUAUAGAAAUAAAACCAUGGGAUUCAUUAGAAGUAUAUAGAUAAUACAUUAAAACUAUUAAAUAAACCAGAUGCAUUCAGAGAUCCUAAAAAUGCACAAUAGAGAGAAGCUGUCAGAAUCUUCAAGUAGACCCUUCUGAUCUUGUCCCAUAAUCCCUAAUCCAGAAAAGGUUUAUUGUAUAUGUGGUUUAUCAUGCAGCUACUUAUUGCAUAUGAUCAGUGGAACUGCUCAGUUACCUUAAAGAAACCAUACUAAGGCCACUGUCAAUGUAAACUUAACAGUUCACAGUUUUGCAAACAAGGCUGUGUACUGUGAAAGAGAGAGUGAGAGAGAGAGAGAGAGAGAGAGUGUGUGUGUGUGUGUGUGUGUGUGUUUAACCCCUUGUGUACCUUGGUAUACUGGUUUAUUUUCCAAUGCACUACUUACCUAUAAAGGGUUAUCAUAAGUGCUACAAAUAAGUCAAAUUAAUAAAGCGUCUAUAUUAAUAUUUUAAGCUCCUGUCUGGAUAAUCCAAUGGUUAUCCAUUAUCUAUACUAGGUAGAAGAGUACCCUUACAUGGUUAGUAUAUUUCACUAGCACUGGGUAUAUAUGUGGUUUGUGUAUGUAUUGGUGCAUGCAGAGUGGACUUUAAUACCAUUUACCUCGGAUACUGAUUACACUUUUACAGUUUUUACAUCAUCCACUUUAUUGUGGAUUAGGUGAAUCUUUCCUGUGUUAUCUUUUCAUGUGACAACACUGAAGAAAUGACUCUGCUACAAUGUAAAGUAGUAAGUGUACAGCCUGUAUAACAGUGUAUAUUUUCUGUCCCCUCGAAAUAACUCAACACACAGCCAUUGAUGUCUAAACCGUUGACAACAAGUGAGUACACCCCUAAGUGAAAAUGUCCAAAUUGGGCCCAAAGUGUCAAUAUUUUGUGUGGCCACCAUUAUUUUCCAGCACUGCUUUAACCCUCAUGGGCAUGGAGUUAACCAGUGCUUCACAGGUUGCCACUGGAGUCCUCUUCCACUGCUCCAUAACGACCUCAUGGAGCUGGUAGAUAUUAGAGACCUUGCACUCCCCCACCUUCCAUUUGAGGAUACCCCACAUUUGCUCAAUAGGGAUUAGAGUCUAGAGACAUGCUUAGCUUGUCUUUCACCUUUACCUUCAGCUUUUUUAGCAAGGCAGUGGUCAUCUUGGAGGUGUGUCCCUCAAUGAACUGUAGCUCCACAGUGCCGGCAGCACUCAUGCAGGCCCAGACCAUGACACUCCCACCACCAUGCUUUAUUGUAGGCAAGACACACUUGUCUUUGUACUCCUCACCUGGUUGCCGCCAAGCAAGCUUGACACCAUCUGAACCAAAUAAGUUUAUCUUGGUUUCAUCGGACCACAGGACAUGGUUCCAGUAAUCCAUGUCCUUAGUCUGCUUGUUUUCAGCAAACUGUUUGCAGGCUUUCUUGUGUAUCAUCUUUAGAAGAGGCUUCCUUCUUGGACGACAACCAUGCAGACCAAUUUGAUGCAGUGUGCGGUGUAUGGUCUGAGCACUGACAGGCUGUCCCUCCCACCCCUUCAACCUCUGCAGCAAUGUCUGCUUCCCAAAGACAACCUCUGGAUAUGAUGCUGAGUACGUGCACUCAACUUUAUUGGCGAGGCGUGCUUUGAGUGGAACCUGUCCUGUGAAACCGCUGUAUGGUCUUGUCCAUUGUGCUGCAGCUCAGUUUCAGGGUCUUGGCAAUCUUUUUAUAGCCUUCUUAUAGCCUAGGCCAUGUUUAUGUAGAGCAACAAUUCUUUUUCAGAUUCUCAGAGAGUUCUUUGCCAUGAGGUGCCAUGUUGAACUUCCAGUGACCAGUAUGAGAGAGUGUGAGAGCGAUAACAGAAAAUCUAACACACCUGCUCCCCAUUCACACCUGAGACCUUGUAACACUAACAUGUCACAUGACACUGGAGAGGGAAAAUUUCUAAUUGGACCCAAUUUGGACAUUUCCACUUGGGGUAUACUCACUUUUGUUGCCAACGGUUUAGACAUUAAUGGUUGUGUGUUGAGUUAUUUUGAGGGGACAACAAAUUUACACUGUUAUACAGGCUUUACAUUGUAGCAGAGUGUAAUUUCUUAAGUGUUGUCACAUCAAAGAAUCAAUAAGAAAAUAAGCUACAAAAUUGCUGAGCGAAGAGGGAAAUACCACAGGCAAAACAAAAAUUAUACCCCCUUUAUCAAGGGAGCAUGCAUGACAUCAAACCACACUAUGUAUUAAUUCAGUUUGACUCCUUGUUAGAUAUGAUAUGCAAUGUAACCUUCUCCAUAGAAUGAUGUCUCAGAAGAGGAGCAGCGUUGGGGAGCCAAAACAAUAGAGGGUUCAGGACGUCCUCAACAUGUAGAGUGAGUUGUUUUUUUGUACAUAUGUGUGAUAUGUGAACUCAUGUACAUGGCCAGUCAAAUGUUUUACAGGUGUUGAAUUGUGAACACUUUAAUCACUUGAAGCCCUUGUACAUGGUAUGCCAACGGUAAUGUAAAAUUGGCAUUAUCUCCGAUGAUUAUUGGGAGUUGAUCCCCAUAUUUAAAACACUAUAAUAAACCUUGCAAAUAAAUAAAAGAGUUUAGAAAAUACAAAUACAUAAUAGUUCCUCUCCAUUGAGCUGCCAGAUCAAGAGGGUGUUCAUCUACUACUUCCAUUGUUCUCAGUGGAAUUCCUGAGCCUAUCCUGUGAGUUAUUUAUUAGAUAUGUAACAAAUCCUUGGACAGUAGUUUCACUUAUGAAUAUACGAGGAUGAAACCACUGCAUAAUCUAAUAGAAGGUAGAAAUUGCAUAUGAAUUUGUAUCUAAUAAGCCUAAUCUUUUCAUUUGAGUGUCCAUCAAAGAAUGAGUUUUCAAGCCAUAUUCAGCAAAUACAUUUUCUCCUGUAUCAUUUUCUGUCAUUAUCUUGCUUACACUCUCAUUAUUUGCCAUAUCAAGCAUAAGCAAACUGAGAAGCAAUGUAUUCAAGGAGCAUGAGCAUCUGAAGAAAAAAGAGCUUCAGGAUGGACCCCAGGCAUCGUACGGAUAUGGUGGACAGUUUGGGACAGAGAAUGACAGAAUGGACAAGGUACAUCUAACAUUAAGAAGUUAAAAUGUUGCAAGAUAGCAAUUACAAUUAAAUAAGUAUUCAUUGCUACUAAAUCUUCUUUCUUCUCCUUCGAAGCCAUGUUCUUAUGUAGAUAGAUGAUAACUUGCAAAUGAGAUUAACAGGUAUUUCUUAUUGGUACUUUUUCUUCCUAGAGUGCUUUGGGCCAUGAUUACAAGGCAGACAUACAGAUGCAUUCCUCACAGACAGACGCAGCCAAGGGUUUUGGUGGAAAAUAUGGUGUGCAGAAGGAUCGGACUGACAAAGUAAGUGACUGAAAAAGCAAAACAUUGGGGUAGUUAUGUUGUGUAAAAAUCUUACUAAAAUCCCUUUGAACUCCAAGUUGUAACAGUGCAAAAUGUGGACGUGUCCAAUGGCGGGAAAUACUCAUGCAAGGAGAUUAAUUUAUGAGAUUAACUCACUUGAAGAAAUAUUCCACCUGGGGCUCUCUGCAGUACAAGGCUAUAUAUAUAUAUAUAUAUAUAUACACACAUACACACACACACUGCUCAAAAAAAUAAAGGGAACACUUAAACAACUCCAAGUCAAUCACACUUCGGUGAAAUCAAACUGUCCACUUAGUAAGCAACACUGAGUGACAAUUUCACAUGCUGUUGUGCAAAUGGGAUAGACAACAGGUGGAAAUUAUAGGCAAUUAGCAAGACACCCCCAAUAAAGGAGUGGUUCUGCAGGUGGUGACCACAGACCACUUCUCAGUUCAUAUGCUUCCUGGCUGAUGUUUUGGUCACUUUUGAAUGCUGGAGGUGCUUUCACUCUAGUGGUAGCCUGAGACAGAGUCUACAACCCACACAAGUGGCUCAGGUAGUGCAGCUCAUCCAGGAUGGCACAUCAAUGCGAGCUGUGGCAUGAAGGUUGGCUGUGUCUGUCAGCGUAGUGUCCAGAACAUGGAGGCACUACCAGGAGACAGGCCAGUACAUCAGGAGAUGUGGAGGAGGUCGUAGGAGGGCAACAACCCAUCAGCAGGACCGCUACCUCUGCCUUUGUGCACUGCCAGAGCCCUGCAUGAGGGUGGUAUGAGGGCCUGAUGUCCACAGGUGGGGGUUGUGCUUACAGCCCAACACUGUGCAGGACGUUUGGCAUUUACCAGAGAACACCAAGAUUGGCAAAUUCACCACUGGCACCCUGUGCUCUUUACAGAUGAAAGCAGGUUCAUACUGAGCACAUGUGACAGACGUAACAGAGUCUGGAGACGCCGUGGAGAACGUUCUGCUGCCUGCAACAUCCUCCAUCAUGACCGGUUUGGCAGUGGAUCAGUAAUGGUGUGGGGUGGCAAUUCCUCCCCUCCAUGUGCUCUCCAGAGGUAGCCUGACUGCCAUUAGGUACCGAGAUGAGAUCCUCAGACCCCUUGUGAGACCAUAUGUUGGUGCGGUUGGCCCUGGGUUCCUCCUAAUGCAAGACAAUGCUAGACCUCAUGUGGCUGGAGUGUGUCAGCAGUUCCUGCAAGACAAAGGCAUUGAUGCUAUGGACUGGCCCACCCAUUCCCCAGACCUGAAUCCAAUUGAGCACAUCUGGGACAUCAUGUCUCGCUCCAUCCACCAACGUCACGUUGCACCACAGACUGUCCAGGAGUUGGCAGAUGCUUUAGUCCAGGUCUGGGAGGAGAUCCCUCAGGAGACCAUCCGCCACCUCAUCAGGAGCAUGCACAGGCGUUGUAGGGAGGUCAUACAGGCACAUGGAGGCCACACACACUACUGAGCCUCAUUUUGACUUGUUUUAAGGACAUUACAUCAAAGUUGGAUCAGCCUGUAGUGUAUUUUUCCACUUUAAUUUUGAGUGUGACUCCAAAUCCAGACCUCCAUGGGUUGAAAAGUUUGAUUUCCAUUUAUUAAUUUUUGUGUGAUUUUGUUGUCAGCACAUUCAACUAUGUAAAGAACAAAGUAUUUCAGAAGAAUAUUUAAUUCAUUCAGAUGUAUGAUGUGUUAUUUUUGUGUUUCCUUUAUUUUUUUUGAGCUAUAUAUAUGUAUAUAUAUAUAUAUAUAUAUAUUUAGCCUUGUACUGCAGAGAGCCCCAGGUGGAAUAUUUUCCCCAAGUAAGUGAGUUAAUCUCAUAAUUUCACUUUUAAAGUAGGACCUGCCAAGAAUUGGGGUUCAUUGACGUUGUGGCAGACUUAUGCAAUGUAUGAUCAUAUAAUGUAACUAAACCCUCUUGAUUUUUGCCUAGAUUAGGUGUUUUUAAAAAACGAAUAAAAUCUGUCAGCAUUGAAGUUGCUGUUUAGCAGAUAAGUGAGUGCACUGGAUCUUGUGUAUUGUAAAAAAGUAUUUGAUCCCCUGCUGAUGUUGAACAUUUGCCCACUGACAAAGAAAUGAUCAAUCUAUAAUUUUAACGGUAGGUGUAUUUUAACAAUGAGAGACAGAAUAAAAAUAAAAAUAAAAAAUCCAGAAAACACAUGUCAAAAAAGUUAUAAAUUGAUUUGCAAGUCAAUGAGUAAAUUAACUAUUUGACCCCUUCGACUUAGUACUUGGUAGCAAAACCCUUGUUGGCAAUCACAGUGGUUAGACUUUUCUUGUAGUUGGCCACCAGGUUUGCACACAUCUCAGGAGGGAUUUUGUCCCACUCCUCUUUGCAGAUCCUCUCCAAGUCAUUAAGGUUUUGAGGAUGAAGUUUGGCAACUCAAACCUUCAGCUCACUCCACAGAUUUGUUAUGGGAUUAAGGUCUGGACCUUAAUGUCCUUCUUCUUGAGCCACUCCUUUGUUGCCUUGGCUGUGUGUUAUGGGUCAUUGUCAUGCUGCAAUACCCAUCCACAACCCAUUUUCAAUGCCCUGGCUGAGGGAAGGAGGUUCUCACCCAAGAUUUGCUGGUACAUGGCCCCGUCCAUCCUCCAUUUGAUGUGGUGCAGUUGAGCAUUGUGUUCUUGCAGUCAUAGGCAGCAUUCCUCAUCCUCCUCCAAACACAGCAAGUUUAAUUUAAUGCCAAAGAGCUUGAUUUUGGUCUCAUCUGACCACAACACUUCCACCCAGUUCUUCUCUGAAUCAUUAAUAUGUUAAUUGGCAAACUUCAGACAGAUCUGCACAUGUGCUUCUUGAGCAGGGGGACCUUGCAGGUGCUGCAGGAUUUCAGUCCUUCACAGCGUAGUGUUACCAAUUGUUUUCUUGGUGACUAUGGUCCCAGCUGCCUUGAGAUCAUUAACAAGAUCCUGGGCUGAAUUUUCAUUGUUCUCAUGAUCAAUGAAACUCCACGAGAUGAGAUCUUGCAUGGAGCACCAGCCCGAGGGAGACUGACAGUUAUGUUGUGUUUCUUCAGUUUGUGAAUAAUCGCACCAACUGUUGUCACCUUCUCACCAAGCUGCUUGGCGAUGGUCUUUUAGCCCAUUCCAGUCUUGUGACAGCUGUUUGGUCUUGGCCAUGGUGGAGAGUUUGGAAUCUGAUUGGUUGAUUGCUUCUGUGGAUAGGGGUCUUUUAUACAGGUAUUGAUGUGAGAUUAGGAGCACUCCCUUUAAGACAGUGCUCCUAAUCUCAGCUCGUUACCUGUAUUCAAGACACCUGGGAGCCAGAAAUCCUGCCGAUUGAUCGGGAAUCAAAUACUUAUUUCACUCAUUGACAUGCAAAUUAAUUUAUAACUUUUUUGACAUUCGUUUUUAUAGAUUUCUUUUUUGUUAUUCUGUCUCUCACUGUUAAAAUACACCUGCCAUCAAAAUUAUAGGCUGAUCAUUCCUUUGUGAGUGGAGAAACGUUGAAAAUCAGCAGGGGAUUAAAUUCUGCACUCACUGUGUCUUCCAAUGACUGCCUGGUGCUAGUUGGCUAAAUAUAGAAGGAUAAAGUAGAUAGCACUCCACGGUCUUUUUCAUCGAUAAGAAAUAACUUUUAUUGCUCCAAGUUAAAAAUCAGCGUUUCAGUCUGCAAAUUCAGACUUUCAUCAGGACAAGGUUAGCCAGUGAAACAUGCACACAUAUAUACCCACAACACUAAACAAUAACCAAUUAACUUACUUCAUCUGGGUGAAGGCACCCCUCCACGAGCGACCCGGUCCAUUUCCGCGCCAAAAUGCCUAUCAAGUCAUAAUGACAUCAUCGCACGAGCGUCAGUUGCAUCCCCGGCCGCUCGUCAGGGGUAGCCAUAGCAACCAGACGCCAGUGCGACUCAUAAAAAUAGCUGAGGCUGCCUGAAGACAUGCCCCUUCUCUUAGUGAAUAGCUAAACAUAUACACUACAAAAGUAAAAGGCUGGAGAGCAGGGUAUAGAACAAGAAGCUUGGUCUUUACAGCAUGGUAGUUCAUACUCUCGGUGAGCAACCCAAUAAAUCCAAAAUAAUCAAAGCAGGAUCACUAAAAGGACCAAGUGAUUCUACUGCUAUUCAGAAAAGCUAAACACCAACAUCUUGUGUGCCUCUGGGAACCAACCUAAAACUACACAUGACUAUGUAUACAAUGUCUAAAUAACUCCACACAAAUUUUGUGUCCUCAAGCUCUAUAUACAUACUUAUCAAGGGAUAAUACUGCUACCAAAAGGUUACAAUGUGAGACUGAUGUUAAUGAUGCUAUGUUCUAAAAACAGGCUACUUACAUACACCUUAGGGACAGAUAUCUAUCUGAAUCCCACUGAGUUCACCAUUAUUGUGUAACCAGGCACAAUCUCCAUAAACAAAGAAAGGUAGAAAGCAUAUAUUAAAACCUACAUGCAAAUAGGACUGUCCUAACAGGACUGGAUAACAUAUAAAGUCCCAACCGCAAACACAUCAUAUAAAACAAUAAACUACAACAUAAGUCAAAAUUCCUCCACAAACGUCACAAUUUGGAUAUAACUCCCAAUCAGUAAGUAUCGGCUACAACCCCUUUCCUAUCCCCCUGGGUGGGUAGUGGGUUGCCAAUCAAAGUGCCAUUGUGGCCAUAUAUGGAAUACAGAACACAUAUUAACGAUCACUACUGUCCCUUCAUCAUAGGUACUGAUAUCUAACAGCCUAUCCCCCAGGGUGGGCUCAAGAAUUAAUCAGGGGGUCAUUGUAGGGAUACAAAGAUUAUAGUCCUCCCAUAUCAAAGGAAAACUGCCAGGGAGUAUUUUUCAUUGAGUCCCUUUCGUGAUACAGUAUCAAGUGUUCUGAUCCAGUGGAUCUCUCUUUGUAGCAGCAUUUUCUUCCGGUCCCCACCUCUUCUUGGGGGUGGGAUAUGAUUGAUUGCCAUUAGUUUGAGUGAAGGGAGAGAGUGUCCUGCUUCUAAGAAGUGUCUGGCCACUGGUAAUUCAGAGGUAUUAUCUCGGUAAGCCACACGGAUACUAGAGCGGUGACUAUGAAUCCGUUCUCUUAGAGGAAGAUCAGUCUUACCUAUGUAUGCAAGGCCACAGGGACAUGUCAAGUUAUAAACGACAAAAUCACUAGUGCAUGACAGCUGGUGUUUGAUGGUGUAUUCUUUACCGGUAUGUGGAUGUGAAAAAGUCCGACCUGGGACCAUAUGUCCACAGGUGACACAUCCCAAGCAUCUGUAGCAACCAUAGUUACUGGUAGCUGAUUCAGUUUCAUAGCAAUGACUGGGAUCGGUUUUAACUAAAAGAUCCCUGAGGCUUUUGUUCCUCUUGUAACUCAUCAUCAGUAGAACAGAAAAUUCCUUAGGGAGAGAGGUAUCGUUGCUGAGUAUCCUCCAAUUUGCAUUAAUGGACCUUCUCAAGGCUGUGGAAGCCGUAUUAUAUACAGUUGGGAAGACCAGACGUUGGUUCCUGUUGUCAGGUGUAACCUCAGCGAAAUGGCACCUUUGUAAGGCAUUCCUCAUUUUGCUUUUUUAUAUCCUAGUUCCAAAAACUUGUCCCACAUUGUGUCUAUUUGGUCUUGGGCUCUGUCUGGGUCCGAGUUGUUCCUAUAGACUCUCAAAAAUUAUGAAUAGGGCAGAGAUGCUUUCAAUGGAUUUGGAUGAAAGCUCAUGGCAUGUAGGAGCAUGUUGCGGUCGGUGGGUUUAGAAAACAGCAUAUAUGUUAAUUUCCUGUUCUCAAUGCUCACCCUCACAUCCAGAAAAUCAACAGUUAUAGGGCUAGCCGUCAUUGUCAGCUCAAUAUUGAUUAAGGCUCCCAUAUUAGAUGCUGUUUCAAGGUCCCCCUUUAUGAUUAGAAACAGAUCGUCAAUGAACCUCGCAUACAGGAUCUCGGUUUUAAACGGUUCCAAAAUGUGUUCCAUCUCAAAUUUAUACAUAAAACAGUUUGCAUACAUUGAAGCCAUGGCGGCACCCAUAGAAGUUCCUGCAACCUGGCGGUACCAACUUUUCUCAAAUCGGAAAUAGUUACAGGUUAACACUGCUUCUAAUAAUUCCGUUGUAUACUCAAUGGGUGGGCCGUGAUAGUAAGGUGAUUCAGCUAAUACCUGUUUAGCUGCUGCUAUACCUUCAAGAUGGGGAAUGACCGUGUAUAAGCUUUUGACAUCACAGGUCAGUAAUAUAAUUGGUUCAGAGGGUAGUACAAUAACUGAAAUUUGUUGUAAAAAGGUGGGUGUGUCUUUCAGGCAGGUCGUUAAGUUAGCAACUGUAUCUUUCAUUAGGAAGUCCAAGCAUUGAGCUAUUGGUUCUAAGAUUCCUUGUUUAGCCGACACAAUAGGCCGUCCAGGAGGUUUCUUAACGCUUUUGUGUAACUUUGGUAGAGUGUAUAGAAUUGGGGUCCUAGGGUUCUGCUGUCUCAAAAACUCAUAAAGUUCACUGGUUAGAUAAUUACCUUCCAGGCCUCUUUUGAGAAUUUUAUCAAGGUGGUAUUGUAGUUGUGCCGUAGGGUCCUUGGGGAUUUGAAAAUACGUCUGUCGGUCUGAUAAUUGAUUCAGGAUCUCAUCACGAUAGUCUGCAUAGUCCAACACGACUAUGCCUCCCCCCUUAUCAGCUGGUCUUAUCUCAAUUUCUUUGUCACAAGAGAGUGAUGCAAUAAUUUCCCUAUCUCUGGUAGUACAAUUCGAGUGCGCCUUUUUCUGUGUUUUAAAAAUAUCCUUAGCUUCUUUAUCUACAGAUCGUAGGAACGUUUUAAUUGUAGCCUGAUUGGAUAUAGGGUCAAACUUGCUCUUUAGUUUAAAUCUUCCUCCAUGGUCAGUCUCUGUGGGAGGGUAGUUUUUAAAAAAAUCUUUCAAUCGCAUAGUUCGUCCGAACUUAAAUAAUUCCAUUUCCCAUUGGAGUUGGUUCGGGCCAGUAGUCGGAAAAAGGAUAGGCCCCUACUGAGUAGCCUCAGUUCAUCUGGGAGGAGUACUCUAGAGGAAAUAUUUAAUACUGGUAUCACUGUGGAGGUCGAGGUGGCUUCCCGCUUCCCUCUUACCCCAGAAGGUUCUCCCCUUCUGGCCCCGUCUAGUGACAAGCCUCUUUCUUGUGCCUGAUUCAUGUACCGAUUUCUCAUUUGUAUCCCUGGAUAUCCUGUGGUUACCCCUUCUAAUAAAGGAGCAGAGCUAGUAUUGGCUCUUGUGCUUUCAGUGCGUUCAGGGUAGGUGUCUGACUCUGAGUUGGACUCACCCAAGGUUUUAUCAAUUGUGAACUGCCUUGGUUUACAAAUAGAUCUUCGUUUCCUUGCAAAUCUCGGGCGUUCACUAUGGCCACUGAGCCACCUAUACACCGUAUGUUCUUUAUAGUCCACUGCCACUUUUUCUUGUUUCUCUCUCUUAAAUCGUACAAGGUCUAUUUUGUACUGUUUCACAUUAUCUUCAAGUUUUAAAAGGGUUGGUGCGGCUUCUACAGAUGAUAAAAGUAGUGUUUGUUAUGUCUCCAGUUCUGUUAUUCUUCUACGUAUUUGUACCAGAUGCUCUCUUACGUCUUCAAUAAUAACCAACAUUAAGUAGAGCGAGCACUUGUUCAAUACGGCAAUCCAUUUCCUACAAACCUGAUGAAAGUCUGAAUUUGCAGACCGAAACGUUGAUUUUUAACUUGGAGCAAUAAAAGUUAUUUCUUAUCGAUGAAAAAGACUGUGGAGUGCUAUCUACUUUAUAUAUAUAUAUAUAUAUAUAUAUAUAUAUAUAUAUAUAUAUAUAUAUAUAUAUAAACUUUAGUAUAUACAUGUAAAUACCACUAUACCACUAGAUUUCUCUAAAUAUAAUAAACCAUGAAACAAACAUCUUUGCUCUUUAACAGUCAUUAUUUUUAAAACCUAUUACAACCACAACCUCGAUUCAUUUCCUUCAUUUAUCUUUCAUAACAUUGAUGUUUACAGAGGAAUUGUCACUUCUCUGGAAAUUACACCAAUUAAUAAACAUUAACUAUGACCUACAACUUGUAUUAAUAAAGCAGUUUUGGUUUAUAGAUCAUGCCCCUGUAGUCUCUCUGCUCAAUUUGCUGCCAUUUAGGAGUUAAAUCACUUUGUUUAUUCAGCCCUAGUCACACCUCCCUGCAAGUAACAGGGAAUAACCUCCUUGCACAGACUUCCAAAACACUACCUGUAAAGAGUCAUCUAAUGUUUAUACAUCCUUUAUUGCGAAUUCUAUUUAAUUUAGACAUUCUUAUCUCCUGCUCUGUUAAUAGCUUGCUAGACCUUGUAGGACUACACCACCUUCCUAAAAACAAGAGAUCUAACGUUAACAUUUAUUUUAUUUUCUUUAUUCUUUAUUUUUGUUGUGCAUCAAGUUACUCGAGUUACAGACUUGCAGAGCCACAACAGCUAUAGCAAGCAAUUUAAAAGGCAGAGUGGUACAAUUGUGUGGCAUAACAAUAAUAUGCACAUUUUUGGAGAAAUACAACAAGAAAGGAGAUACAGUGCUGGGCAUAAAAACACAAAUGAAGGUACCAACUUUAGCUUGUGCACUGAGUAGCAUAAAAACAGCAGAAUGUACCCCACAGUUGGCCCCUCAUGUGGGUGUCAAUUAAACUGGUGGAGCAUAUGUAUGUAAACACCAUAACAGCAAGAAAGUGGUUGGUCAAGAGAAAGACAUAUGAGAACAGUCAACAUCAGUAUGCAUAGUAAUAUUUAGUGCCCAAGUAUUUAGUCAGAUAGGUGGUGAGGAAAAACACCACCUGGCACCCAGCUUACUGAUCAUCCGAUGCCCCUCUUGGGUAGGACACAAUCCCCCAAGUUUGUGCUGGUCUUCAAGACUAGUGCAAGGAAUGCUGGUAUGCUACUCGGUGUCUGCAAUUGGCUCCCCAACCACUGUCGUGAUAGCUCCUCUUUUGCUCCAUGAGAGUUUUGCAUCUACUUGGAUCUUACAUGCGUUAGGCCUCUGAUUUGUUUCCGACUAUGGUAUCACGUGGUCCGGGUUUGGACAGGAUAGGGGACUUAAGUCCAGGCGCUGCAGCAACACACAGUGCCCCCUAUUAAAGUUGGAGGGACCCGUGGAGUCUGCCAUCUUGCCUGCUUGGUUCUUGUUGCUGACCCAGCUGUUAUGCCAUGCACACUCAGCACUCAAUAGGAGCCUCUGUGGGGUGGACCGGGAUCACUCCCACUGGUCCAAAGAGGCGGAGAAACAUGGUACAGUCAGUAGCAAAGGGAUUUAGAAUGCCACUUCUCUGCUUCCCCAGAUGCUUGAAGUCUCAAGGCCCACACAGCUUUCUACCUGCAAAGACAUCUGCAGACAGUGAAAUAAUUUUCUGGAGUAACCCCACUCGGUUCAGGACCACUGUAAUGGUAAGUAGAGUCAAUAUUGGGGUGCAUUUACAGGAAUUUUGGUUCUUUUUAGGAGAUUAAUUGCCAGAGCUCCAGCAGGCUGUGUCUGUCUGGGUCAGCAGUCAGGCCCCGCCCCACGUUUAAACUUCUUUUACAGCAUAGUGUGUUUAAUUUAGAAUUUCUUAUCUCUGGUUCUGUUAAAAGCCUUGUAGACCCUGCAAGAGCCUCCUGUGUGUGAUAAAAAUUCUAUUUACAGAGCAGGAGAUAAAAAAACACGUCUAAACUAAGACCUGAAACCAAUUUUCAUGUGUCAGUCACGUCUAGGGGAGGUGUGGCUAGGGCUUCAUAAACAGAAACAAAAGUGAUUUAACUCCUAAAUGGCAGAGAAUUGAGCAGUUAGACUGUAGGUUCUGAUCUAUACAUUAAAACUGCUUCAUGAAGCUAAAUGUGUUUUGGUGCCUAUAGUAUCUCAAACAUUUUAUUCAUGAGAUACUCCAUAUUAUCUAAAGUUUAUAUUAAAGACUUCUUAAACUACAUUACAAUCCAGUUCAGAUAAGCCACACAAAGCCAGAGCAAACAUUGCUAAUGAAGAAGAUAAAUAAAAACAAACUCUAUGCUGAGAGAGUUUUUUUGUCAGGCAGAUCAGAUGGGGAGCCCACUUACAGGUUAAAAGUUACGCAUUUAGAUUUUUUAUGUAUUGUGGAUUUUAUGUUUUUAUUUUUCACACCACACAAAUACAUACUUGUUUUAAAAAUAAAGUGUAAAUACAGUUGCAAGAAAAAGUAUGUGAACCCUUUGGAAUGAUAUGGAUUUCUGCAAAAAUUGGUCAUAAAAUGUGAUCUGAUCGUUAUCUAAGUCACAACAAUAGACAAUCACAGUCUGCUUAAACUAAUAACAUACAAAGAAUGAAAUGUUGCCAUGUUUUUAUUGAACACACCAUGUAAACAUUCACAGUACAGGUGGAAAAAGUAUGUGAACCCCUAGACUAAUGACAUCUCCAAGAGCUAAUUGGAGUGAGAUGUCAGCCAACUGGAGUCCAAUCAAUGAGAUGAGUUUGGAGGUGUUGGUUACAGCUGCCCUGCCCUAUAAAAAACACACACCAGUUCUUUGUUUGCUUUUCACAAGAAGCAUUGCCUGAUGUGAAUGAUGCCUGGCACAAAAGAGCUCUCAGAAGACCUACAAUUAAGAAUUGUUGACUUGCAUAAAGCUGGAAAGGGUUAUAAAAGUAUCUCCAAAAGCCUUGCUGUUCAUCAGUCCACGGUAAGACAAUUGUCUAUAAAUGGAGAAAGUUCAGCACUGCUGCUGCUCUCCCUAGGAGUGGCCAUCCUGUAAAGAUGACUGCAAGAGCACAGCGCAGACUGCUCAAUGAGGUGAAGAAGAGUCCUAGAGUGUCAGCUAAAGACUUACAAAAAUCACUGGCAAAUGCUAACAUCCCUAUUAGCGAAUCUACAAUACGUAAAACACUAAACAAGAAUGGAUUUCAUGGGAGGUUUCACAGAGGAAGCCACUGCUGUCCAAACAAAACAUUUCUGCACGUUUACAGUUUGCACAAGAGCACCUGGAUGUUCCACAGUAGUACUGGCAAAAUAUUCCGUGGACAGAUGAAACCAAAAUUGAGUUGUUUGGAAGAAACACACAACAGUAUGUGUGGUGAAAAAAAGGCACAGCAAACCAAAAUCAAAACCUCAUCCCAACUGUGAAGUAUGGUGGUGGGGGCAUCAUGGUUUGGGGCUGCUUUGCUGCGUCAGGGCCUGGAUGGAUUGCUAUUAUCGAAGGAAAAAUGAAUUCCCAAGUUUAUCAAGACAUUUUGCAGGAGAACUUAAGGCCAUCUGUCUACCAGCUGAAGCUCAACAGAAGAUGGGUGUUGCAACAGGACAAUGACCCAAAGCAUAGAAGUAAAUCAACAACAGAAUGGCUUAAACAGAAGAAAAUACGCCUUCUGAAGUGGCCCAGUCAGAGUCCUGACCUCAACCCGAUUGAGAUGCUGUGACAUGACCUCAAGAAAGCGAUUCACACCAGACAUCCCAAGAAUAUUGCUGAACUGAAACAGUUCUGUAAAGAGGAAUGGUCAAGAAUUACUCCUGACCGUUGUGCACGUCUGAUCUGCAACUACAGGAAACGUUUGGUUGAAGUUAUUGCUGCCAAAGGAGGUUCAACCAGUUAUUAAAUCCAAGGGUUCACAUACUUUUUCCACCUGCACUGUGAAUGUUUACAUGGUGUGUUCAAUAAAAACAUGGCAACAUUUCAUUAUUUGUGUGUUAUUAUUUUAAGCAGACUGUGAUUGUCUAUUGUUGUGACUUAGAUGAUGAUCAGAUCACAUUUUAUGACCAAUUUGUGCAGAAAUCCAUAUCAUUCCAAAGGGUUCACAUACUUUUUCUUGCAACUGUAUAUAAUAAAAAAUUAGUAGGGACAGUUCCCCUUUAAAAACAUUGAUUCAGAGUUCAAACUUUUUACGUAUCUAUAUAAGUUGAGAAAUAAUUUUGAUUUGAUAAAUUUCUAAAAGAGUCUAAUUACGAAAAACACAUUGAAACAAAGUCUAUUAGAUUUGUGUACAGCAAAACAAUUGGUUUGGCCAUGUAAAUUAGUCUGAAAAUACAUUUUGUUUUGGUGGACGCAUUUGUACAUGUGCUAUUUUGGCUCAUAUAAAUUUUGUUCAUGAGAAAGAUUCAGGGGAAAAAAUUAGGACAAACCAAGAGGGUGGAAAAAUUAGCCAGUGUUCUGCAAAGUAUAUACAUAAUAUAGAUAUCGUGUGUUUAUUUUGCAAUAUAAAUACAAAAUGAGGGUGCGCCGAAAAGGUUAAUCAGAUUAAAAAAAGAUUAAAAAUAAUCUAAGCAACUAUAGCACAAAAUGUUAUGGUAAAAUAUUGUAACAAAUGAAAGAUUGUGAUACUUGAGAUUAUGAUGCUUAAAAUGGCUAUUUAGGGUCCUUCUACCCUGGACUCCAAAAUGGUAUUUUGAAAAGUAUCAAAAUAUGGAAAUUGUCAUUAAGUUAACAUCGGUAACUUAGAUUGAGAAUUGUACUAUAACGAUAUGACAUUUGAAAAUAAAGUGUAUGCUUUUUUUGGUGGGGGAAGCCUCCAAUGUUUUAUCAAAAUUGUUGGUCAGAAACCAGAGGGACUUACACCGACGCAACCAGGCCAAGUCGCCUCACUUUACAUCGCAGUGACCACACAUGUUUCACAGAUAAACCUGACAUAUAUUGCGGCAUGGGAAUGCGACCAACCGAGGAACUCAAAGAUUGGUCGGCAAUAUGGGAAGCACUGGGCUCCCUCACAGUGUGCGUUACCCACAAGGAACAAGCAAGAUGCUCUUCCUGUGGUUCAUUGCCUUGCUCAAACUUAAAAAAACUGGGCCGUAUGCAAAACAACUUGUGCUGGAAACUAUGUGGCGAAACAGGCACCUACAUACAGGGACAUUUUAGCCGCAAGGCAAACAAGGCAUUUGCCUUGGGCGGCAUUUUUCAGGGGGCGGCAAAAAAAGCUGCCCCCAAAUGCCCAUGGCACAUGUCUUGUUAGCCUUGUGGCUAACAGACAUGCUGGGCUGGCUGCUGGUCGGGCUGAUGGGCUGGCUGAUGGGGGGGCGGGUGGCGCUGGCGAGGAAGCACUUUCUCCUGAGCUGUCUGCUCAGCUCCCUCGCGAACCGCCCAGAGUGAUGCUGGGAGACGGAAUAUGACGUCAUAUUCCGGCUCCAAGCCUCACUCUGCGGGCGGCUCACGAAGGAGCUGAGCAGACAGCUCAGGGUAAAGUGCUCCCUCGCCAGCGCCGCCCGCCCAUCAGCCAGCCCAUCAGCCUGCCCAGCAGCACCCAGGGAGAGGGAGAACCCCCCCAGCAUUCCUAAAGGUAAGUAGGCUGGGGGGGUUAAAUUAAAAAAAAAAAAGUGAGUGUUAAUGUGAGUGAGUGUGUUUGUUUGUGUGUAUGUGUGUCUGUUAGUGUGUGUGUUUGUCUGUUAGUGUGUGUGUUUGUCUGUUAGUGAGUGUGUGUGUGUCUGUUAGUGAGAGAGUGUUAGUGAGUGUGUGUGUGUGUCUGUUAGUGAGUAUGUGUUUCUGUCAGUGAAAAUGUGUGUGUAUUUAGAAUGCGGUGCAGAGGGGGAAGGGUUGGGUGGGGGUGGCGCACGGGGGGGGAGGGGGGGGGCCUGAGUUUUGUCCUGCCUAGGGCAGCACAAAACCAGGAUACACCACUGCCUACAUAUACUGCUGGUGGUAAUGCCCGAAACUGAAAUUGCUCUGGACAACAGUCCACGCAAUAAUAGAACAAGUCAUAACAAAGCCAGUCCCAGCAGAUCCCUGGACACUUCUGCUCUCAAGACCAGCAGACAGUCUCACCACAAUCGAAAACAAACUUACUGCUAGAAUCACACUGGCGGCCCGCAGAGCAAUGACAGAAUUUUGGGCAGAUAAAUGCAUACCCUUCAUAACAACAUUGAAACACAAAAUCACAGAAACAUACAACCUUGACAAACUAACAGCACAAAUACAUGACUCCCACAAAUCUUUUCUCCCCUACUCAAAUGCAGCCUUGCUCAUUACCUUCUCUGUUCAGUCACUCACACACACGUAUCACUACUCUCUUGCAAACAAGCCAACUCCCAUGCUCCCAUGGCAAGCUAUCAUAAAGGGAUCCCCAAUGGCCCUCCCCUUGUAAGGCUCAUAACCACCCAAUCAGAGGUGUUUCCCCACGCCCCCCCAAUGAGCACAGCUCGAUUGGAUCUACACCUGAUGCAGCUCAGGCUCCUACAGGGAUGACACCUCGACAAUGGCCAUCAGAUCACUCAUCCAAUCCACAAAGAGCACCCUGACCACUCGGUCUACCACCAAAAAGAAGCCCAUCGUACAACUCACGUCUGCAAACCGAGACCAAGGGAAUUCAGGGGAAUCAAAAUUGAUGUAAUCCAGAUGCAUUAUAUCCAUGUUGGCUGUACACUUCCAAAGUCCUAAAAGUUGUGAUGUGUCACUUAUUUUAUGAAAAACUAAAAAACCUUGAAAAUAAAGAAUCUUUAAAAAAAAGAAACCAGAGGGAAUGCACCCACAGAGUCAUUGCUCAGUAAGAAGCUGUAGAGUGGACCUCCUGUUAUCUGUGUGGAGUGGCACUUUAAGAUAAAGAUGAAUUUGCAUUAAUGUGACACAUUUAUUCUUUCAGUGAUAAAUUAUUUAUAUAAAUUAAGAAGUCUAAGGCACAAUUUUGAACCUAAUUUGUGACUAACUCCUGCAUUUAUUCAUCAGAACAUUAAUUUACAGUGCCAGCUAUACAAUAUAUAACAGCUUCUUAAAAAUCAUUAAAAUUAUAUAUUUAUUGUAUACAGGAGCCACAAUAGAUUUGUUUUAUGGUGCGUUAUAUCCAAUGCUGUUUUAAACCCAGUUUUGUGUACAAUCAAUAUAUAUGUUUAUUUAUUUUAUUUUUAUUAUAAUUAAUGUUUAUUUCAGUCAGCAGUUGGAUUUGGUUAUAAGGCUGAGAUACAACAGCACACCUCCCAGCAAGGUGAGUCCACAACAUCUUCUUGUCCAUCUUAUCUCUUGAUUUUAUUGCUUACCAUCAUAUCUGGCAACUAUGAAAGAUAAGAGGCCAUGCCCAUGGCUACCAUCAGGAGGUAACAACCUAUGUUUUGUUCAGAGUUGUAAUGUUAUAUGGACCCUGGCAGAUGGGAGUGGAACCAAGGAAUUUAUUUCCUAAUGUGCCCUCCGCACUCACGGUUAGACCAGUGGCAUGGCAUAAGGAGCACUGAAGGGUCUUCACUUGUGUUCUUAAGUUAUUGGAGGGGGUCCUAAAACCCACUCUCUGGUUACUGGCUUCCUCUUCCAGUAAAGUAAUCCACUUCUGCUGCAUUAGCCUUACAGGCCUAAUAAGCACCCGCUCCGCCCGAUUCACACCAGACAUCCAUUUUAUGACCAAUUUGUGCAGAAAUCCAUAUCAUUCCAAAAAGUUUACAUACUUUUUCUUGCCACUGUAUUUGGUGUAGGUUCUACAUGUACUUCUCAGAAUGAAUCUUUUUGCAUCUAUCUCUGCAGAUUACUCCAAGGGUUUUGGAGGGCGUUACGGUGUACAAACAGACCGUGUGGACAAGGUAACACCCACACAAUACAAUUUUUACUAUCACAGAGAAUUAGGUGCCCGUUUAGGGAGAACAGGUCUCCCAGAAGAUGAUCACCUACUCCUUUGGUACUGACAAAAGUAUAUCUAAGUAGGUCUAAGCAAGUGUUUAGUUACUGUUAAGCAAAAGUAGGUCUGAGCAAGUGUUUAGUUAUUUUGUGAAAUCCUACUAUGACUAAGUCACUACUUGUCUGGGGUAACUUCAAAUAAGAUGACCAUGGGCAGAAAGAACGGUCUUGUUGUUUACAGUAGUGAGGAAAAAAAAAAAGGGAAUGGUGGAAUGGAGACAGACGAAGAUGCAGUAUGGGUAGCAGAUGAAGGAAGGGAGGUAGGAGGUGGUGAAAGAUAAUGAGGAAAAAAGGAGAGUGAGGGUGAAGUGGAUAGUGGGAGUGGGAGUGUGAGUAAACAAAAAGAGGCUGAAAAAAAAAAUAGAAAAAAAAGUUAAGUAAAUUAGAACGUUUACUUAUCUCGUAAUAUAGGACAGAAAAUCCUCUGAAGCUUUAAAUAAAGGCCAGUGUGUCCAUAUUGCCAUAUGUCUGUCCAUGUGUCCUCUGGAAGUGUCAAGCAACUCCUCCACCUUAAGCAAUGCAUUCUUUGAACGAAGGAGUGUAAGGUGUUUCCCAAUGUGUUCUCUGGCUGAGAGAAUCAUAUGAUAAGCUAUGAAACAAUGGAAUAUUUAAAGUGGGCUGCAGGGGUGAAGGAAUUAAAAGGUAAAUAUUUUGCCUGAAUUGCAGAUAGUUUGAAGCUUACUCCAACCCUAAGCCCCCAAACUCUAUGUUCACCUUAGCUACAUUUUUAUUUUUUGUACCAUGGACAUUUUGCUUCAAUUUGUUUGCUGUUCAGGUGAGCUAAUUUCAAAAUAGUUCAAUCCAGUUAGCUUUUGUUUGAAAUAAAAUACAAUUAACUUUAUUGUUCAUCGAUACUAUCAUCCAAACACUGGAUAAGUGAGUUGAUUGAAAGUAGCUGAAUUUACUGUCGUAAAGUUGGCAUGGACUGAAAAGACUUCUAAAACAGCCAAGCUGUGUCUACAGCUGAGUUGAAUAUUUUUUUUCAAAUUGACUCUUCAUUUUACAUUUUAGAUUUAAAUGUUACAAUUCACUAUAUAUUGAAUAAACCCAUGUGACUUUACUUUGAUUCCCCUUAGCCUGGUAAAUUGUACUGAUACAAUAUCAUCUUGUUUCCCCUUUUCUUUUUGCAGUCAGCAGUUGGUUUUGAAUAUAAAGCUCAGGUAGAACAGCAUUCUUCCCAGCAGGGUGAGUCCACCACCUAUUUAUAUUAUAUGUAACCUACUAACCUCUUUUAUAUUCAUUCAAUCUCUGCCAUACAACCCACACAUUACACAUUCUCUACAGCAUUUAUAGGGCUUUUAUUCAAACACUAAUAUGUGCUCAUAACUCCCCUAUGAUGUGGUCAUCACAUUUUACUCCCUAUGUCUAUAUGUGUAAUUGAAAUAGCUCAACACAAUGAAUGUUUCAAGUAGUUUGCCCAAAUUCAACUGAAAAUAAAAAACUUAUUUUAAAAAAUAAAACUUAUAAUGACUUCACCAGUCUCAGAGUGAUUCAACCCCUGAUUAGAAUCCCUCACAACACCACAAAUUUGCAAAACAGAUGUCUCAAGCACACCUGAUGCAACUUAUCAAGGGCUUCCUUAGUUGCAACAGGUGUGCUUGAACUGGAACACGUGAAAUACCUAAACUGGCUAAGGGUUUAUUAAGUGUCACAUUUAACUGCAUGUUAGAAAUAUGGCCAACUCAAAUGAAUGGUUCCCAAAGCUAAGAGAAGGGAUCAAUGCCAUUAACAAACAAGGAACAGAAUACAAAAAGACAGUGAAGGCACUAAAUGUCCCUAGAGUUAGAAGCAUAGUUCGCAAGUUCAAAGUUGAAGGAACAAUGGUUACAUUACCAGAGUGGGGCAGAAAAUUAUUUAUUUAUUUAUAAAAUAUUUUACCAGGAAAGAUACAUUGAGAUUUCUCUCGUUUUCAAGUAUGUCCUGGGUCCACAAAACAUUGCAUUGUUACAUUAGGUACAACAAAAUACAAAAACAAUAUUAAUACACAAUAUGUACAAAAUUUAACAUAGAACAGGCAGGAAAUAUAUAAUCAACCAUGACACGUGCAUUCUGUUUUGAGGUAUGUGGAGAGGGAUCUCUUAAAUGAUGUUAGGCUUAGGGAAGAUUUUAAAUUGUGCGGGAGGUCGUUCCACAAUUGUGGUGCUCUGUAGGAGAAGGAGGAUCGGGCCGCUUUCUUUUUGUAUUGAGGUAGACUAAGUAAAGUGCUUGUACUGGAUCGGAGCUUAUAGAAAGUGGGAACAGCUGGUGAAAGCAUUUUGUUCAGGUAGUGUGGGAGUUUCCCAGAAAAGCUCUUAAAAACAAGGCUGGAAAGAUGAAGGGUGCGUCUGGAUUCCAGCGAUAGCCAGUUUAGUUCCUUUAGCAUGUCACAAUGAUGGGUCCUGUAAUUACAUUGUAGCACAAAUUGGCAGAACGAGUUAUACAAUGUGUUGAGUUUAUUAAUGUGGGAUUGCGAUGCAGAUGCAUAUACUACAUCCCCAUAAUCAAUGAUUGGCAUCAGCAUUUGCUGUACAAUCUUUUCCUUUACUGUAGGGCUUAAGCAGGCUUUGUUUCUGUACAGGGCACCUAAUUUUGGAUAAAGUUUAGAUGCAAGCUUUUCUAUGUGCAGGCCAAAAGAUAGAUUGGGGUCUAAUAUCAUACCCAAGUAUUUGAAAGAGUGGACUGCGGUCAGUGUGCCAUUUGAAUUUGUUUUGAUGGAUAGGUGGGGAUUGUGUAAUUUGUGUAAUUUAGGUACUGUUCCAAAAAUCAUUGUGACAGUUUUGUCAGUGUUCAGGAAGAGUUUGUUUUUUGCGAUCCACUUUUCUCCCUCUGUAAACUGUUCUUGGAGCAAAGCCUCAAGUUGCGGUAGAUUGGAUUUGCUCGCAUAGAUUACCGUGUCAUCUGCGUACAUGUGUAAAUUUGAGGAUUGGCAGACAUUAGGCAGAUCAUUUAUAAAUAAUGUAAAUAGUAGGGGGCCGAGAAUGGAACCCUGGGGAACACCACACGUGACUGGGAGAGGGAGGGAGUCACUGUCAGAAAUGGACACAUAUUGCGAGCGAUCCGAUACAUACGAUCGAAACCAGUUUAGAGAAUGAUCACCAAUACCUGAGUUUUUGAGUUUGUGCAGUAGAAUGUCGUGGUCUACUGUGUCAAAGGCCUUAGCAAAAUCAAGGAAAAUAGCUCCAGUUAGGGCUCCUUGUUCCAUGCCAGUUUGGAUGUCAUUGCAAACUUUUAGGAGGGCAGUUGUAGUGGAGUGAUUCUGGCGAAAAAGCCCGAUUGAUCAGGGGUCAGAUAGUUUAAUUGUUGGUAGUACUCACAAAGUUGCAUAAUGGAAACUAUCAAUGGCUGCAACCUGAUUUAUGAGAAGGCAGAUUGUGAAAAACCCUUGCUGCAAAACGCCUGCAGCAGGUCUUGGUGGCAACAGGCACAAAUAUAUAUAUUAUUUACCAUAAUUUUCUAUUUACCAUUUGGACAUUAAAGCAGCUCAUUUUAAUAAUUUUGGUAAAAGUGCUUUGUCUGCCUCUAAUGGAGUUUUUUUUUUUUUUUACACUCUUAUACUUUAUACCUUUAACCAGCUGUUGUGUAGUCAUAGAUAUGGACAAGAAAUAGCUCUACACCUCAAUCUCCACCUCCUUUUACCAAGUGACUUUAUAUUGGCAAAGUUCCAGCAGAUGUUUAUUAUCUGUAAGGUGGUACCCACUUAACCUGUAAAAUUCCAGAAUUAUAUAUUAGAUAACAUAAUAAAACAAAUAAACUCGGUAGAUUUUUAUGUUUAGUUAUAAAUUUUUGCCGUUUACAAAUUUCAACUACAAAUACCCAAAAACCACUAAUGGUCUUACUUUGUUCCUUUUUAUGGAGUUUUUCAUGUACUACUCAAACUUUUGUUUUGGUUGAUUUUGUUUUAUUGCCAUUUCUUUUAAUCUCAGAUUACUCCAAAGGAUUUGGAGGGAAAUUUGGAGUCCAAAAAGAUCGCCAAGAUAAAUCUGCUCACACUUGGAGUCACAAAGAAGAAAUACAACCCCAUCAAUCGCAGACAGGUACCAAUCUUUGCAGGUAGUCAAAGGUCAUCAGUCUGCAGAGACUCACUCAAUAUAAUGGCUGUUGAUACACAUCAUUACCAGUUCUCCUUACUCAAAAUUAUUCUGAUCACUUGAUACUCAUUAUAAUAAUAAUUUGACAUUCACUAAUUAGUGAAGAUGAUUAAGCACACUUAAAAUAUAACUUGAUUGAAAUUGAAUGUACCUUUAGAGAUUAAUUAUUUCAGCAAUUAUACAGCGCCACCAUUCAAUUAGUUCAUAAAACAUCUCUUGCUUAUUAUUAGAUAACUUGCCAUCAUGUUUGAAAGUCACUCUAUAUCCACUCGUUAUCCAUUACCUGACAUUCAUAAUUUCAUCCAUUAUUUUUGAAUGAAAAUGAUAUAUUCUAGGAUCAUCCUUAUGUUCUACUGUAUGACUUCUAACUUUUCUCCAUCCAAGCUUUGUCCACUUUGAGACAUUUGCUUUGUUUCCCAUGUUCCACUCUAGGAUAUCUUGUCUAACCACUCAAUAUUGUUUUAUUUUUGUCAGACCAUUCACAAGGGUUUGGUGGUAAAUUUGGAGUCCAGAAAGAUCGACAAGAUAAAGCUGCUCACAGUUGGAAUCACAAAGAAGAAGUUAAACCUCAUGAAUCACAGACAGGUAACACCAGUGUGUAUAACCAAAUAUGUAAAUGAAAUAUGUCUUCCCGACCAAACUCACAAGCGUCAUGAUGUACUUAAACAGUUGUUAAAGGGGAACUCGAAGAACUCUAACCAUUGCAGCUCAUUGAGGGGGCUAUGGUCCAACAAGUUGGUGAUGUCGAAGUGACGCUAUCAGGAUACUGAAAUAUGUUAGUGAUGCCAUGGCUAAAAUGGCCUCAUUGUAAACUUUCUAAAAUGAUUCAAUACUGUUAGAAAAACUUAAAAAAAUUAUUUAUCUACAAAACCUUUAAUGGUGACUUUGGUAAAGAAAUACUUUUCAAAGUUUUUCUAACAGUAUUGAAUUAGAGGAGUGUUUAGGCUUUCAUUAAAUAAAAGAUUGGGAAGAAUUAGGUAGUAUGCAGUUUUUGACCUCAUGAUUUUACAUAUUUGGGUACCCAUGGCUAUUUGCAGUAAUCACAUAGCCUAGAGGUUGUUCCUUUGCAGAGGUGUUGUCCAGUAAUGACUGGAUUCCACCCCAACACACACACACACACACGUACAUAUUUCAUUCUCUGCUGAUUAUGGUAUUUAAAAUGAAUACAGAGAUAGUGACUGUAAAUACAUUUUGAGAGCUGUACUUGCUUGAAAACACAGAGUGACUUUACUUCCAUUGGACUUUAUAAGGAACUACAGCUAGCACACUUUUUUACAUAAUGUUAGGUAUUGACUGAUGAUAUAAUUUUGGACCUGGAUUGGACCUCCAUGGCUCAUACUUCUAAACUGUUAGAGUUAGCAGCAGUAUAUUUCCAGCCUAACAAAAACUUGUAAACAUAAUAUUAAAGUCUAGUAGUCUAUUAAUGCAGGUUUGGGCUUAUUGCACUAGUUUUUGUAUUGAGCACUGAAAAUUAUUCACACAAAUAUUUACACAUUUUAGUUUUAUUAUCUAAAAAAAAGUUAUGUUUUAUUUUUGGGAACCUGAGUAUGAGCACUCUACUACUUUUAUUCUGAUUCCAGUUAGGGUUUAAUCCCCUAAUUAGAUAGGCAGGCCUUGUGUAUAACAGACAGUCUGAAAACCCUCUGUAUUGUGUCAUACUCUACCAGAGAAAUGUAUGGUUUACUCACUAAACUGAAUUGCAGUGAACUGAAAAUUUUAAUUGCAAAAUUUUAAUGAAAAUCCCUCAUUUAAAAAGAAAAAAACAUCUACAGCUCACUUGUGAUGGACCACCUGGUCACUAUGGUUGGGUACAGGACUUCUAGUCACCACCAUCCCCAAAAGAGCUAUACGUUACUGUACCUCUUGGCUAGGAGAGACAAAGUAACCACCUAGAGUGCCACAGGGACUAGCAGAAGGCUAGCAUGGAACUGCUGAUUGGAUCUCGAGAUUGCUACGGUCUGGUCAAACUUAAUGUAGCUUUCAGCUCCAAUACCAUCAAACAGGGUGCUAUUUGGAAGGGUGAUCAUGGAGGUGACCAGGCAUUCAGCGAUACCUAGGACUUGUGGGAGCUCAAUGUAUCGCUGUUCGGUGCCCUGAUGUCUGGCCUUUAAUAAAGUUCUCAGUUGAUAAAAUAAUGCCCCAGACCCCAAAUUUGUAUUGUGAACUAUUUUGCAAUAUGUAUUGUGUUGAUGACCCUCUGUUGGGGACUGUGAUAUAAAAAGGCCACUGUCACUCAAAGUGUUGUUGCUGUACCCUGCAUCAAGCCUUUACUUAUGAUUGGGAAUAAGGGCUCUAUUGACUUUUGGUCCUACUCUGUGGGGAAAAGGAAAUCCCAUGCAGUGGUACUGUGGUUAAAUAGGAGCAGUACACUACAUCAGUCUAUAUUCAAAGCUAAGCUUUUUAGCCUAAAUGUUUCAGUUCACAAUGCUUUUCUGGUUCAGUUCAAAAUGCUUCUUUGUUAUGUUACUAAAAAAAUGAUGUUUAAUUAAUAAACAGGCUCCAGUUUCAGUCAGUGAAACACAAAGAGGAACCAGCAAUUUACACUAACUUUGUGUAGGGUUUAACCCUUUUGUCAGCAUGAAGGGAAAACCAAAAGUUAAUUCCUGGCCUGAGUAAUUUACCAUCCAGCACCUCCACACAACACAACACAGCUUUUAUUCUGAAAAUAUCAAGUACUGGUACCUAUUUAAAAAUUCCUGUAUAUAAUGGAUACUAGAUACACACAUAAUACACACGUACAUGUGUGUGCGAAAGAAGGAUGGACAGUUUGCUAUGAGUAUCUUGGAGGCCAUGUUAAAAUGUUUUUUUUUUUAAUAGUUUUACUCAUGUUCUGCUCCUGAUCCCACUGCCAUUUUAUGCUCUGUGGCAUUGGACAAGGUAAGUGGCUACAGGUUCUCUUUAACCCCUUAAGGACACAUGACAUGUGUGACAUGUCAUGAUUCCCUUUUAUUCCAGAAGUUUGGUCCUUAAGGGGUUAAACAUGAUUAUCACUGAGGUGCUAAAUGUAACUAAAAAUAAGAAAAUUAAUUUAAAAAAUACAUUAUGAUUGUUGACUUCUAAAUAAUGAAUUUAUUUUUAUAAGUGUUUUUUAAAAAAUUUUUUAACCUGUGUAUCAAAUGCAGAUUACGCUAAGGGAUUUGGCGGUCGUUAUGGUGUACAGACUGAUCGGGUGGACAAGGUACUUUUUAAAAGAGGACUUUGUUGUACUGAGCAGUUAUAGGUUACUAGGUAUAGAACUGAAAUGGACAAGUUUAUAUGGAAGAAAUAAUCAUCACAGGAUAAUAGUAGGGUAUAUAAAUCUAUAAUAGAGGAAUAAAAUGUAGCUCUAAGUAGUCUUGGGUUUGUUUCAUUCCAAACUGCGAAUCCGUCCAAACCGGGUGAUCAUUCAAAUUCCCAAACUUCAACCUGAAAUGGAGCCAAAUCACAAACUAAGCAAAAUGUGCAAUGGCCAGUCGUGUUCGUGCUGAUUGAUUCUGAAUUCCACAUGGGCAUCAAAAAAAGAUGAUUGAUGAAAAAAAAGAUGACUGAUUGCUACGAUGACUAGGGGACAGUACUAAAUGUUUUUAUUUUAUUCACAAAUCAAGAGAUGUGAGAAUAGAGUGGGGGGGGGGAGGAGAAGCAGUUAAAAAAAAAAUCAAUGUUUAUAUGUAAAUGUAGAUUUUGUUUUUUUCCACCUAUUGAUUACUUUCUAAGUGGCAGAAAAUGUUCCUAUCAGUAUACAGCAACAUAUGUAUAUAAUACGUAUUGUAUAUAAUUUGCAGUACAUUGGUUGUCCCAUUUUCACACUAUUGCUUUAUCUGUUUCUUUUUCUUAAUCAGUUUUUCAUUAUCGAAAUUGGCCAAAAUUAAUCUCUCCUGAAUGGUUUUCACUAUGCACAAGUCUAAUUGUAAGCAUGGUACUAUGGGUUUAAUUAUAUCUUCAUUUUACUGUUCUCUCCACAGUGUGCCUCUGGAUUUGGUGAAAUUGAAUCUCCCAGUUCCGUUUAUCAGAAAACUCAACCACUGGAAGCCAGUAAUUAAUAACCAUUUUCUCAUUAUAGUUCUCAAAUUAUAGAUAGACAAAAUUUAUUUUGCGGUAAUGUGGAGUGGGUGGGGAUGCAAAUUCAUCAUAUUAAAUAAUGUCUAUUAAAAUGAAAAAUUGGCUUAGCCACUUUCUUGCAGUCUGCUAGUACAGCGGCUGAUAGAUUUGAAUUAGAUACGUGAUGUGAGCGGAGGUCAGACAAAAAGUUUUCCAAAGACUUGCAUGACUGCAGAGGUAAUCUGGAAAAUCUGAGAGAUACGGUAAUUAUUGAUGUAGAGUAGUGAAAGAUACGGUAACUCGUGAUGUAGCGCAGUGAGAGAUAUGGUAACUCAUGAUGUAGAGCAGUGAGAGUUCCUGUAACUCAUUAUGUAAACCAAUGAGAGAUACGGUAACUCAUGAUGUAGAGCAGUGAAAUAUAUGGUAACUCAUGAUGUAGAGCAGUGAGUUCCAGUAACUCAUGAUUUAUAGCAGUGAGAGUUCCAGUAACUCAUGAUGUAUAGUAGUGAGAGAUCUCAUAACUCAUGAUGUAGAGCAGUGAGAGAUCUCAUAACUCAUGAUGUAGUGCAGUGAGAGAUACGGUAACUCAUGAUGUAGAGCAGUGAGAGAUACAGUAACACACGCACAGUGAGAUCCAGUAACUCGUGAGACAGAGUAGUGAGAGAUGCUGAAAUUUCAAACCCCAAUGUACAUUUAAUGGCCACUAGAGAGUUAAGUCAUCUGUCUGUCACCAAGUUUUUGGUGGUCCUUACUUUUUCUAUUUUUUUCCAUCUGAAAGGCAAAAUCUCAUAUGAAACAGUUGGAGGUUUUCUUUUCAAAGACAGCAAACUAAUCAACACUAAAUAAGGAGCACAUAGAGAGUAGUUGGCUACACUAGCCAGAUGCUAUAGUAGAAAUGCUAUCUAGGUGUGCCUACAUUUUGCCUCCCAGAAGUUGUUUAAGUAGAUUAACCAAUGCUAUUUAUUUCAGUGACAAGUGGCGCUCAUAAUUUGAGAUCUCGAUUUGAGAAUAUUGCACGAACUGCAGAAGAGGAAAAUCGUCAGCGAGCGGAGGAAGAGAAAAUGAGACGACAGAAGAGAGAUAAAGAGGAGAGAGGGCAAACAAAGAAAGAGGUGAGAGUAAAGUAAUAAAAUAGAUGAAUAAGACACUGAUCAAGUGCUAAAUGGAUUACAAUGAACAAUGAUUUGGAUUGAGUGAAAAAAUGUAUAUAGAACCCAAGAAGGACCAAACACACAAUUAAGCAAAAGGCACAAUGACAGUCGUGACAGAUGGUCAUUAGUGGUCCUCACCGGUAAACCACUCUCCCCUCACCCCAACACCAGGCUUGUAACUGUGGACUUUCUACCAAAAAAAUGAAUUAAAUUAAAAGAGUGAGCAGGACAGAAACAUAGGAUAUUUGCAGGACACCAUAGCAGAGGAAGCCACAAUGCAGUCUUUAAGUAAAUUAGUCAGGAACAAUGUCAGAUAAGGUGAAAACAAAGGAAGAGGUAUCAGCAGACAUCAUUUAUAUAGUGUCAACUUCUUCCACAGUACUUUGCAAUGUUAUUAUAUAUCAACUCCCAUGAUUCUUUCAAUUAAACAGAUAGCCAGGGAAUCAUGGGAGUUGUAGUUCAGCAACAACAGCCCUGGUCUAUGUCAUGAUUGCUUGGUUAGUGGCAGGGCCCUCACAGGAGCACAGUGAUGUCAGACAUAGGGCAUGGUACAUCUAUAACUACAGCUGAUAGCGGUAGUGAGAUUUAGGUAAAGUUAAUAACAAUAGCAUGUUUUGCUCUGUGCAUGGAAACCUUCACCAAUAACAUUGUAAUGCUGGGCAUCUAGGAAUAUGUUUGUUCUUUUUAACAGAAAAUAAGCCUUAUUUUAUAAUUUUCCAUAUAAUAUACAAGCGAUCCCUGGAAGCCAUUAUAUUCUUGUGCAAUUACAAUAGCACAAACUAAUAUUAAGGGUGCGUCUGCAGCAAGAAAUUUAAAAUUUUCUAUACAUUAUGCACAAAAGUGGCGAAUUAUAUUGUAAACUAUAUAUGUUCUGUAAUACAUGCGUAACAUAUCAGGGUAACAUCUUGUUGUAGAUUCAGCAGAGCACAGACAGUAACAAUGUGUUGCCUCCUAAGCUUCCUGUGCAAGCUCCUGUGCCUGUGCCUAGAAAUUCUACACCACCAAAACCUGUAGAAAGAGAGGUAGGUGCAUCUGUAUAAAAUUCUUAAUUUUGUCAAAUGGCAGUGCAUUUCUACAUUUACUGUUCCCAUUCCUAGAUAUUGCUAGAUCCAGAUUAUCAGGAACCCCCUCCUAUACCACCUCCUCUCUAUGACAUUGAAGCAGAAUAUAUAGAACCACCACAUGAAAUAUGUGAUGAAGAGGACACAUAUGAAGAUAUUUCUGCUCCUCCAAAUAACACAGAGGAAGAUUAUGAGGCGAUCCCAGAUCCUCCACCUAGAGCAAUAGUAGAAAAUGAUGAUGAAGACUAUGACUGUAUUCUGGAACCUGAUGCUCCAAGAGAGGAUGCACUUUAUGAGGAGUUGCUAAAAGAUGAAAAUCCUCAUGUGCUUGGUGAGUGUACAAUCCAUGUAAGGACUCAACCAAAAAAAAUGAGAUUUAUGGAGAGUUGACAAGAGAUUUGCACCUUUUAGACCAAAAUGUCCAAAAUGAAUAAAAUGUCCACAUCCAUUAUGUUUACAACUCAUUUUACCUUAAACUAUGCAGUUCAUUUGCCAGCUAUGCAGUUCAUUUGCCAGCUUUGUAAAUAAAUCACAAUAUGGAAGCUGCCAUUUGACUAUAAGGUCUCUUUCAAUAAGGAGUUAAAUAAUUUAUUAAUGUAGGCCUAACCACACCUCCUCUGAAUGUCACUCAUACAGUCUCCCUACAUUUCCUGUAAAGAGAGAUCUAAUCAGAUCUAAUGUUUAAACUUCCUCUAUGGCACAGUGUGUUUGAAUUAGAAUUCCUUAUUUCCUGUUGUUGUGGUUCAUGGUUUUGGAUGUAUUCAUUUGCGCAAUUCAAAAGGUUUCACAGUAACUACAGUGUUAAACUUUUAGGAGAACCAAGAUGGCUGCCAACUAUGUGCUUCAAAGAGCAUCAAGAUAGCCACUUGUCAUGUGUCCUGGUGUAACCUAGUUACACUAACAAUAGACAUCACCUAGUAACACUAACAAUAGAGUUAAUAGAAGCCUACAUAUAUUUGCAAGCAUUUAAAACCAACCCUUUAAUUUAGUACAGCUCUAAUUUUAGAUUAUUAGCUGCAUAAGGUAUUUUGGCAGAGUUAUAUCCGAACAUGUAGAGACCAAAUGACACUCAGAGUGCAACAAAAUAUAAUGUUUAAUAACAAGAUGUUAGAAAAAUAUAACAAAUAUUAAUAAACAUGUUCUAGGUCAACACUUGUAAUGCUAACUAGACAAUUAUCCUUUGCAUUACUAAUCGUAUAUAUCCCAUGAUUGCAGUUAAAGCAUAUCAAACGCAAUCCAAGCAACUUAAUCUAAACACAAGUAUAAAAACUAUGACACAGUUAUACAGUUUUAUACUUCAUGCCCCAGGAUCUUAGAUGAAAUGAGAUAAACGUUUCUGCUACUCUGUGUGGAUCAAACUUCAUGCCCCAGGAUAAAACUAUGGACCUAGAGCACAUACUUGUAGCCUUAGAAAAUUAGUAAGUAUUAGUGCCCCUGUACUGCUACAUUCGUGCUAUCCACAACGAACUCCAAAAACCAACUCCCAAACAUCCACAAAACAGCUUCACAAUCACCAUAGUAACAUGUUCCUCCUUCCAGCCUAUUCCCUACACAUCAAUCAGCCUCCUGACUCUGAACUGGUUAAACAGGCUUGUUAAUUAACUUUUUCAGUGUUUAGAAAUGGCAUUUAUGCAGAGAAUAUAUGUUCAAUGGGGAAUUUAUAACUUUGAGAGUUAUGGGCAUAAAAGCACAAAUAUUGUGUUAAAAUUAUAGUCAUAUUUAAUUUCCAUAACACCUGCUCUACUAAUAGCCUACUAGAGCCUGCAAGAGCCUCAUGUGUGAUUAAAGUUUUGUUUACAGGGCAAGAGAUAAAAAAGUAAGUUUAAGAUUGAUUGAAAAUGACACAAAUAAAACAGGUGAAGUACAGAAUAUACAGCACCUCCCUUAAUACUCUUAUACCCACACUCAUCUAAACAUGACAACACCCUUCAUUACAGGAGAAAGUGAUAUGCCACAUUACAACAGACACAAGGGGAAGGGUAAAGACGCAACACAGAGAGGUGUUGGGAACUAUGUAUUACUGCUAGACAUGUGCAAUUCGUUUCGGUCCAAAUAUGAAUUUGGAUGAAUUUCGGGCAAUUCGGACAUUCGGGUACCUCCGAAUGUCCGAAUUGCCGAAGUGCCGAAAGUGCCGAAUUGCCGAGGUCCCGAAGUUCCAAAAUUACCGAAUUUCUGAAGUGUCGAAGUGCCGAAGUUGCCAAAGUUGUCGAAGUGUCAAAGUUCCGAAGCACAGUAUUGCCUAAGUACUAAUAUACUUACCCAGUGCAAGAAGAAGAAUGUUACAUUGUAUACAAUUUUAAAUAAAAAGUAUACCAACAUAACCAGGAUUCAGCUGUAAGCAUUUGCAACACUUACAACAAUCAAGUAACAUACAUUCAUAUAAAAUGUAAGUUACUUGGCCUGUCAAUCUAAUGUGUAAUUUGACUCAUAACUCUCUGAUUAGUGGAUUAAGUAACCAAUCAAUGAGUUAUGAGUCAAAUUACACAGCGUGGGAAAAUUCCAAAGAACUUUCCCACGCUGUGUAAAAUGACACAGAGCACUCUGAUUGGUGGAUUUCAAGCCAACCAAUCAGAGUGUUGUGACAGGUAAAUGUAGAGACUUACCUGUCAGUCUCUUCAUUUACCUGUCAGAGCACUCUGAUUGGAUGGCUUAUACCCACCAAUCAGAGUGCUCUGAGCCUAAUUGCAGGGCGGGGCAAGGCUUUAUAAGUGUAGAUGGAUUUUUUUUUUUUGCGCUCUUUUUUUUGUGUCGGUUAUUAUGGUUUUUUAUUUGGCCUUUUUGGGGGCUGAAAAAAGAAGAUUUUAGAAGAAAGAAAACAUUGAAUGGUAAGUUUUUUUUUUUUUUUACAGGUACUUAAUUAAAGGUCCCCCCUCAUUAUUUUUAGCUUUGGGGACCCCUAGUCACCUGAUGGGAACAUUUUUUUUUUUAGGGCCCCCACCCGCCGCUCAGAGGUGGGGGCCGGGGAGGGAGGACCUUAGGUGUCCCCCUUUAUUAGUAUUUAGGGUCCCCACCCGCUGCUCAGGGGUGGGGGCCAAGGGGGAGGACAUUAGGUCCCCCCUUAUUAGUAUUUAGGGCCCCCACCCACCGCUCAGUUUUGGGGGCCAGGGGGUAGGACAUUAGGUCCCCCCUUAUUCCAAUUUAGGGCCCCCUACCCGCCACUCAGGGGUAGGGGCCAUGGGGAGGACAUUAGGUCCCCUCUAAUUAUUAUAUAGGGCCCCCACCCACCGCUCAGGGGUGGGGGCUGGGGGAGGACAAUAGGUCCCCCCCAUCAUUUUACUUUAGGGCCCCCACCCGCCGCUACAGUAUAGCAAGUAGGUGCAAAAUUUACUAAUACUAAGUAAUUUUUACUUAGUAUUAGUAAAUCUGGCUGAAAGAUCAAUUUAGGUCUUUCAGCCUUUUGGUAGAUAACUCCCUAAUACCGUGGGAGCUAUCUACUAAGUGGCUGCAAUAGAAGUCUGAAGUCCCGAAAUUCCUAAAUGCCUAAGUUCAGAAAUUCCAAAGUUCUGAAGUGUUGAAGUGCCGAAUUGCCGAAGUCCCGAAUUGCGAAAAUCCAGAAUUUCGGAAUGCCGAACUGAACCGAAAAUUUUCCCAAUGCACAUGCCUAAUUACUGCAAAUAUUUUACGUAUAAACUGCACUGUCUAUGCUCUCUCUCCUACGUGGAAACACUGUUACUCUGAUAACUGUUACUUAAGACCUGUGUGCAAGUCACAUGUUAUGAGACGCUAAUAUGUAUUGCAUCACUCUGAUUUUACGUUUACUAACAGCACAAUAAAGAAAAAUGUAAUACAAAUAAUACAGGUGGCCAUGUGUGAACCGCACAUAAUAAAACUACAUUUGAUUACUAUAGAUACACAGAUAUACUUUAACAAAAUUUUAAAAUAUGGUUUGUUUAAACUUAACUGAUGGAACCAUAAAAUAAAUGGCUUAAUAAAAAUGUAACAAAAAUUUUAAAAAAUCACCCCUACAUCACAUAUCAAGGUCUCUUGUGCAAGUGAAUAAACUUAUUCACAUAAAAACCGAAAAAAAAAUGCUGACUGAUUCUGGCAUAACAUUUUUUAAUUAUCUCAAGCCUAAGGAAAAUCUUUUAUUUACAGAGUUUAGGUCCAGAUAAAAUCAACAUAAUUAUUUGGGUGUAAUAAGAUAAUUGCCCUCUUUAAAGGAACACUAUAUGCAUCAAAACAACUUUAGCUUAAUGAAGCAGUUUUAGUGCAUAAAUCAUGCCCCUGAGGUCUUAAUGCUCAAUGAUGCUCAAUUCUCUGCCAUUUGGGAGUUAAAUCACUUUUGUAAAUACAACCCUAGCCACACCUCAUCUUCUGUGACUGACAUAGCCUGUAUGAAAUACAUUGUUUCAUUUUCAAUCAGGUGUUAACAUGCUUUAGAAGUUUUUAAAUGUAACUUAAAUCACACGCUGGAGCCUCCAGCACGGUCUAGGAGGCUAUUAACAGAGCAUUUAGAAUUCUAAAUUAAACAGAAAGUGCAAUAAAGGAGGUUUACAUAUUCAAUCUCUCUUUACAGAACGUGUUAAGGAAAGCUGUGUAAGUCACAUGCAGGAAAUUGUGACUAGAAGGGAUUUAACUCCUAAAUGUACAUCAAAACUAGUCCAUUAAUUUAAAGUUCUUUGGUACCUAUAGUGUCUCUUUAACCUUCAGGAAACUUGGAAAAUUGAGUGAAGUUGGGAGAAGCGAAGGGAGAAACCUGGGGCUAAAAUGACAACUAUUGUGAAAUUUUGAAAUUUUGAAAAAUCAUUGUCUCACUGAUUGUUAUGAAAUAUAUUUCUGCUUUCAGCAUCUUCUAUGGGUGGUGUGCAAGCUCCCGGAAUCUCUGCUAUUGCUAUUUAUGAUUACGAAGGAGGUAUGUUUCCAACUGUUCAAGUGUGUUUAUUUGUAAAUAGGUAAAAUGUUCCAGAGUGCUGCACAGUGCUAACUGUUUGUUAGGUGACUUUGAAGAAAUUACUAAAAAUGUUAGUUUAACACUGGUUUUUUAUACACAUAUUAUUAGUUAGAAACAUAGAAACAUAGAAACAUAGAAUGUGACGGCAGAUAAGAACCAUUUGGCCCAUCUAGUCUGCCCAAUAGUUGUAAUAUAUGUGAGUAUUAUGUGUAAAUUACCAGGAUGUUUAGCUAUUUUGGUCUAAAACUUUGAAAUUCAGUUUAAGUUCAAUUUGGUUUGAAAAUCUUUAUUUAAAAGACAAGGCAAAUUAAACAAACCAUAAGCAGUCUUGUACAUUUUUUUUUAAAUAGUGAGUUUACUAUUUAGUAUAAAAUGUAUGUGUAGCAGAAGUGAGCUGGGGUACAAUUAAAGUAAACAAGGCAAGAGACAGAAAGAUACAUGAUAAAAGAGGAAGACAAGAAAGAAUAGAGGGGAAAAAUAGACAAGAGUGGGCAAACAGAGGGGAAAUUGCCUUAAUAAUGUGUGGUGAGAAUGAGAGCUAAAGGAUCUAGACCAGGGACCUCCAAACUAUAGCCCACUGGCCACAUCCAACCUUCCACAAGUUGUAGGUACUUCCCCAAGCAGCAUUGACGUCAAGCAUAGGUGCCGCUACAGGUUUGUAUCCCCCCUCACCCCCCCCUACCCAGUAAGGGUACGCAGAAAACCCAGUCAUAGCACAUAUAUAAAAUACACAAUCCAGCGCACUUGCUUAUUUACUAAACAAUUAUUUAAAAUCUGAGAGAUUGUAAUAGUUUUAUUUAAAAACACCUCACCUAGGCAAAAAUAUAAUGGGGUUUAGUUACAUUAUAUGAACAUACAGUUGCAAGAAAAAGUAUGUGAACCCUUUGGAAUGAUAUUGAUUUCUCCACAAGUUGGUCAUAAAAUGUGAUCUGAUCAUCAUCUAAGUCACAACAAUAGACAAUCACAGUCUGCUUAAACUAAUAACACACAAAGAAUGAAAUGUUGCCAUGUUUUUAUUGAACACACCAUGUAAACAUUCACAGUGCAGGUGGAAAAAGUAUGUGAACCCUUGGAUUUAAUAACUGGUUGAACCUCCUUUGGCAGCAAUAACUUCAACCAAACGUUUCCUGUAGUUGCAGAUCAGACGUGCACAACGGUCAGGAGUAAUUCUUGACCAUUCCUCUUUACAGAACUGUUUCAGUUCAUCAAUAUUCUUGGGAUGUCUGGUGUGAAUCUAUUUCUUGAGGUCAUGCCACAGCAUCUCAAUCGGGUUGAGGUCAGGACUCUGACUGGGCCACUUCAGAAGGUGUAUUUUCUUCUGUUUAAGCCAUUCUGUUGUUGAUUUACUUCUAUGCUUUGGGUUAUUGUCCUGUUGCAACACCCAUCUUCUGUUGAGCUUCAGUUGGUAGACAGAUGGCCUUAAGUUCUCCUGCAAAAUGUCUUGAUAAACUUGGGAAUUAAUUUUUCCUUCGAUGAUAGCAAUCUGUCCAGGCCCUGACGCAGAAAAGCAGCCCCAAACCAUGAUGCCCCCACCACCAUACUUCACAAUUGGGAUGAGGUUUUAAUGUUGGUGUGCUGUGCCUUUUUUUUGCCACACAUAGUGUUGUGUGUUUCUUCCAAACAACUCAACUUUGGUUUCAUCUGUCCACAGGAUAUUUUGCCAGUACUGCUGUGGAACAUCCAGGUGCUCUUGUCCAAACUGUAAACUUGCUGCAAUGUUUUGUUUGGACAGCAGUGGCCUCCUCUGUGGUAUACUCCCAUGAAAUCCAUUCUUGUUUAGUGUUUUACGUAUUGUAGAUUCGCUAACAGGCAUGUUAUCAUUUGCCAGUGACUUUUGUAAGUCUUUAGCUGACACUCUAGGAUUCUUCUUCACCUCAUUGAGCAGUCUGUGCUGUGCUCUUGCAGUCAUCUUUACAGGACGGCCAUUCCUAAGGAGAGUAGCAGCAGUGCUGAACUUUCUCCAUUUAUAGACAAUUUGUCUUACCGUGGACUGAUGAACAGCAAGGCUUUUGGAGAUACUUUUAUAACCCUUUCCAGCUUUAUGCAAGUCAACAAUUCUUAAUCAUAGGUCUUCUGAGAGCUCUUUUGUGCGAGGCAUCAUUCACAUCAGGCAAUGCUUCUUGUGAAAAGACAACCCAGAACUGGUGUGUGUUUUUUAUAGGGCAGUGCAGCUGUAAUCAACACCUCCAAUCUUAUCUCAUUGAUUAGACUCCAGUUGGCUGACAUCCCACUCCAAUUAGCUCUUAGAGAUGUCAUUAGUCUAGGGGUUCACAUACUUUUCCCACCUGCACUGUGAAUGUUUACAUGGUGUGUUCAAUAAAAACAUGGCAACAUUUCAUUCUUUGUGUGUUAUUAGUUUAAGCAGACUGUGAUUGUCUAUUGUUGUGACUUAGAUGAUGAUCAGAUCACAUUUUAUGACAGAAAUCCAAUUUGUGCAGAAAUCCAUAUCAUUCCAAAGGGUUCACAUACUUUUUCUUGCAACUGUAUAUUGCAUAAGCCUGCCACAACGUCAAGGUACCCCAUCCUUGGCAGGUCCUACUCUAGCAGCCUAAUGCUUGCACUUAUGAGAUUAAUCCACUUAUUUGGGAAAUACUUCCUUACUGGGACUCUCUGCAAGUCAAGGCUAAAUAGGAUCCUGGAAUGAGGCACCUGUGACAGGGAGGGGUGCAAAACCAAGUAGUUGGCUUGGACUCCCAAAUAUAUAAAUGAAACCAAGAGGGCUGCACUCACCUGAACAUGCUUAAAUUAUAGGGUGCUGCUGGGGCCAAAAUACACAAUCCAGCGUACACGCUUAUUCACUAAACAAUGAUUUAAAAUCUUCUAUAUCAGCAUUUAGCUAUACCUAGAGUAAUAAAAGUCCAGAGAUAUGGUGGAGUUUGCAUUAUUAUAAUAGUCCAAUGUAGAUUCUUAUGUGUGGAGACUUCCUGUAGGAUGGACAGUUUUCAAUGACAACCAGUUGUCUUUAAUAAGUCAGCAUAUGGAAUGAGAGUAAACAGAAAAGGCCUUUGAUAAUAUAGUAUUUUCAAAUAAAUGAAAUAUUUGAAGAAAUGAACUUACAAGUAAAGAGUUAUCAAGUAGCUCAAUGUUUAUAACGUAUAGCAAUGCUUUCUUUGCCUCAGUGCUGGUGGAUAUGUAUAUAUACAUGCCAAGUAGAUAGGAUAAGUAAGUAUUGUGUUGACCAUAGGCUGAUGGAACAUCUCAUAAAUAAUAUGUGAUCAAAAGCACAUAAAGAAAGUACCAAUAGAGUAGAACUUUUAUACCAGGUGGUCUAUGUGGAAGGAAGUCAAAAACACACAAACAGCUCUAAGGAAAAAGCAUGGAGUGGUGCAAUCCCCACUCUAGGAUAUUGGUGUAUGGUCUCUUUCCAAAUAUCGUCAAUGGAAUGUAAAAUACAAGCACAAAAAAGAAAACGUAGUGCUCUCUGUUUAUAGCAAUGAGUAGAAUAAAAUGAAAAUCUACUUACAUUUUUGUGAGCAUUUGAAUGCUCUGUAAUAUCAGUAUGAGUAGUAUAAUCUCCACAUAGAAUAAAUUAAGGAAAAUCCAAAGGAAUAUAAUGCCAGACAACAAUCUUCAGUGAUGUAGAGAAGUACAGAUAGCCCGAUUUAGGACCAGCAGGUAGGGCUUACCACUAGUAGUUUAUUAAAAUUUUAAUUACCAAUAGUUUAAAAUAAAUAGAGUUAAAUCAAGCAAUAAAAGCAAAUACAGGUAAUUAACAACAUGUUUUGCCUCAAGGCCUUUAUCAAGGGAAACAAAGCAGAGGUCUUGACUAAAGUGUUAUUUACAGGGCAUCAGAAACUGAAAAUCACAGUUUAGUGACAUCAGUCAUGUGACCACUGUAAGAGUCAUAUGACUGGCAAAUUGUAAUAGCAAAAUAAAUAAAGUUCAUAACUAAGCAAAUUUUAUCUUGGCUUAAAAAGUUAAAUGGGAAAAUACAUUGAUAUGUAGUUUCACAGUCAAUUGUAGUGGGAGAGGACUACAAAGUCCUUAAUGCCUUGCGUUUAUUUAGAUGUAAUUGAAUGAUCGCAAAUACAUCAGGAUGCAACUGAGUGAAAAGACUAGCUAGUCUUUGAAGUCCAAAUGACUGUGUGGUGCGGGAGAUUAAAAAUAAAGGAAAAAUUAGAAAGAGAAAACUUACAAGCGCUGUUCGAAACUCCAUGGUUCAUAGUACUCUUUGGUCCGAUCACUUGAUAGGAGGAGCAGAGAAAAAAAUCUGUUAAAAAUGCAUAUAUUUGACCAAGCUAAGAUCUUGCCCGCAUUUAGGCAGGACAUUGAGAGGUGGUGUGGUCUUGAAAUGUCAUGGUUAGGUAGAUUUAAUUCAGUUAAAAUAACAAAGUGAAUUAUAAGAAUAUAGAGAACAAGUGACCUUCUGAGACAUUUUUGAAAAGAAUUACAAAUCUGAAAAAAUAGAUGCAGUCAUAAUAUAUGCAGAAGAACAAGAUAGAAACGGUCUUCUUUCAUAUAAAAGUUAACACUAACACCAUGGCCAUUCAGAUACAUUUACUUAGUGAUUAUUUAAAUGUAUCUGAUCAGGAUCUGGACAUAUGUAAAGUUUAACAAUAAAAAAAAUAAAAAAAAUAAAAUAUACAUAUAUAUGUAUAAUAUAUAAUUAAUAAUCAACACUGGCAUGUACUUAAACAAAAUGAAAAACAGGGACUGUCCCUCCUAAAUUGAGACACUUUGGAGAUAUGGUGCAAUCAACUUUAUGUAAUAUUUUUACAUUCUCACUGAUAUGCACAGCAAUGAAUUGCCAGAUGGAUGAUGGUAAGUGACGAAUUGUUUCUACAGAUGAUCUUUCCAUGAACAAUUUGUUUGUACUCAAUGGUUACAUAAGAUUAGGUUAGUUCAGUUCAAAGCACAUUUUAGGCAAAGCAAUAUUCUUGAGUCAUGUAGGUAAGAAGAAAACAAUGACAAAAAUCGGCUUGACAGACCGAAUGAAACAAUUUAAAUAAAUAAAUAAAACUCAAUUACUUAGCAGGUCUACUUAUUAGAUCUUAUGAGUGUGUGUCAGCUGGGGAUGAACAAACCCUCUUGAACAAUGGGGUAACGGAAAAGGUGCUAUUUCCUGCUGCAAUAUGACUCUCCAUGUGCAGCAACUGUAUGAACUUUAAAGGUCUUGUUUCUUUUUCUAACAUGUACUUGUUUUGUAUAUAUCCGUAUGUAUGUCCGUGGCGCUAUCACUGUCUGGGGACUUUGCAUGAUUGACACUUCUUCACGCCAGUAGCUCUGCCCAGUGUCAAGAAGUGUCCGGCAUAGGAAAAUUACUGCUACAAAGUAGUUUUUACAUUUGUUUCAGUAAAUCUUUUAACUGGGCUGGGAUUUCAAUGAGAUUCCAACACAGUCAAUAUGAAUAUUUCAUAAAGAUUAUAUCUUUAUGAAGUACUUAUUUUGCAGGGGCAGGGUGACCGUUAUAAGUGUCACUUUUUGCAUGGAAAGUCCUUUUAAAAUCACAUCACAUGGCUCACAGUGCACAAUCAUCAAAAUAUUAACAAAGACAAACAGUCUGACAGUUUUUUGAAUGACAAGUUUGAAAGUAUACAUUACAAUAUUUGCCCUUUUAGCAGGCUAGAAGAGAGCUUAAAGUGGAUCUAUCAUUUUUUUGGACUAAUAUUUUCUACCUAAUUGUAAAUGUGACAUUAUAGAAAGAGUGGAUGAAGACAUAGUUGUUAUUUGCUACAUGCAUAAUUAUGAUUAUUAAGGGUUCUUUCAAAGAUCAAUUAAAACUAAAAUCAUGUGAGAUAAAAGUAAAGUUUUAAUGAUCAAAUUAUCAAAUUUGUCAGAUGACCUUUUAGUUAAAAAAUGUCUUUCUGAUGAAAAUUCAUACAUACUAUCAAAUAUGUCAGAUGACCUUUUAGUUAUAUCAUUUUUUUCUGAUGAAAAUUCCUACAUCCUAAGCAUGUUCUUCGUUGCUUCACUUCCUUUUUGUGUUUAGCUGGAGAUGAUGAGAUUUCAUUUGAACCUGAGGACAUGAUCACAGAUAUUGAGAUGCUGGACGAGGGAUGGUGGAAUGGAACCUGCCGGGGGCACCGAGGUCUCUUUCCAGCCAACUAUGUAGAGCUUAUAAAGAAAUAAGUUGUAUUUUACCUUAUGUGCAGUGCACUGCUUCCAUAUGCUUUUCCACCUGAAUUUUUUAUUUUUUAUCCUUCUAAAUAAAAUUUUCUAAGCAUCCGGCCAUGCACUAAUACUGCUGUUCUGGGAGCCAUUUACAAAUUAAUUUCUUCUACUCAACAAAAACAUGCUAAUACAAUACAGUUUACUAUGUUUCAUCUUUCAUUAUACAUAUUAUUCCUGCUUUUCAAAUUCUUCUGAGUAUUAAAGUACAACUUUAUAUAUUAAUGUGUCUGU